GGAACAACAGGGCUGAGGCCACGAAGCUCCGGGCAACCCAGGAGGCGGGGCGUAGCCGGAGAAGCAGCAGAAGCGGCGAAAGGGAGUCAUGGUAGGCGGCACGUUCCGUCGCCAUGGCUCCGAGUUCGGUCGUGCUAUUGGUCGCCGCCGUGAAACGGAAGCCGAAGACAGGCGUCGCCCUUUGGCCUCCGGAAGUGUUCGGGGGAAGGCUGUCUGAGAGCGCAAGGCGUGAGGGGGAAGGCCUGGGACGGUGCGCCGGCUUUGAAUGAAUCGGGCUGAUUCAUCGCGGCCCGGCUGAGCGGAAGGCGGCGGCGAGCGCGGCUGUCGGCGACACGGAAGGGCUCGAGCGGCCAGGUAGGCCUCGGGCCCGCGCGUGUGAGGGCGGCCUGUGACGCGGGAGUAGCCGGCGUGGUUGCCCUCCGGGCUUCGUUGGGUUCCCGAACCCCCCUGCCAGGAUGACCCGAUAGCCGCGGGGUGAGGGGCAGCGCCAUGGGAGUUGUAGGCGAGGCAAGGGGCGCUGGCCGCUUCGUCAAGUUCACUUCGCUUUUUAUCUUGAUCUCCAGGAUCUAAAACAGCCAGAGGCGGCUGCGAAAGACGCAGUUCAGAACCAAGGGGCGGCGUGCUUCUCUGACCCAUCGGGACUCGGGUUUCUAAUUUCGGUGGGAGAGAUAUACUGUAUGUUGUUGUUAAUGAUUGUUUAAAAACUGGUCUAAUGUAGGCCUCCCCAAACACACACACACACACAGAGAGAGAGAGAGAGAGAGACGUUGUUAUUAUUGUUUAAAAGCUGGUUCAGGAGCCUAUCUGGUCUAAUGCAGGCCUCCCCAAAUAUAUACACUACGUGUGUGUAUAAUUUAUUAUUUAUUAAUUGUGGCCUGCAUUAGAAAAUAUAUAUUUGGGGUGGUCUACACACACACACACAUAUAUAUACAUAUUCAUAUGUAUAUUCAUAGUCAUAUGUAUGUAUGUAUGUAUGCACACACAUGAAUACAUACACACACACCUCCUGCCCACCGUUGGUUUAGCAGCAUCAUGAGGGUCACGUUUUCCCCAGCCCUGCUUAUACAAAUUCUCCAUCGCUGACUUACUCUGUUGGAAAGUGUAGGGCUUGGUUAUGCCAUCAUAAUCUCUGACUACCGUGUAUUUCUUUCUUCAUCUUGAUCUAAAGCUUUUGCCAAGAGAAGGACAGAAAGAAAGGUCGUCAAACUUUUUAUUUUUCUCUGCCAUGGAUAGUAUUAGGAGAAAAGGGGUUAAAACCCUGAGGUGAGGUGAAAUUUUGCACUCAGGUAAACUGGGAGUAAGUCCUGUUAACUUAGAGGGCUGUCAGCCUCCCGAGUUCAAAAUGCUGCUUUCAACUUGUGGAGUGUUUCCAUAAUUUCAGGUCCUUUUCAAAAACAUGUGCGAUAUUGUAGAAACAGGUGAAGUUUUACUGAGGGGUGCUGUUAAAAUCACCUGAACUGAGGAUGCAGUCCAGUGAUCUCUUGCUGCCUCUGAUAAGAACUCUGAACCCAAUAACUGCCUGUGGUGGUAGUAGUCCCAUCUUUUAAAAGAAAAACCUAGCUAUUUUUAACUGCUCCACCACUGUAGCUGUGAAGUUGUGUACCAAAGAUUUUGUUUGCUAUAUCUUACUGUCUUUGUUUUUUAUUGACAAGAAAGCAUAGUAGUUUAUACAUUUUGUAAGGGCCUUAUAAUUUGUGUAAUCUCUCUUGAUUCUCCUAUUUAGAUAUGUUUGUGUGAGACUCUAUGUCUUUCUAAUGCAAGUUAUUCCUUUACACUAGAGGCCUAUACAGUCGUUCACACUUCAAGAUGAGCCAGUCAUUGCAAUAAUUUUGUAUUGUUCUUAUGAUAUGUUUUAUUGUGGCUUCCCAUCUGCAGAGUAAUAAAAUUCAUGUAGUAGCUUAGUGAUUGUUAGCCAGUGUUACAUUCUUUGACUUUACUAUAGUAUAUUAACUACAACAAACUACUUUUUUGUUUUGUUUGCAUUUUUAAUUAUAAAAUGUUCAUGCUUAGCGUCUUCUGUUAAAAAGUACGAGAAGAAGAAAUAAGAUGGAAAAAGCAAGACAAAAAUUUAACAACAAAAUUAGCCCAAACUAGCUAAUUGCCUUAUGUGUAGCAUUGGAUCUUGUAAUCAACAAUUUUGUUUUUACAAGUAACUCAGUUAUGCUGCAUAUUUAUCAAGGAGCUAGUCCUUUCAUAUGAUCCAAAACUGAUACAGAUGAAUUCUAAUCUGAGUUGGUUUCAUGCUGCAGUAUUUGGAAAUGCCUUGGCAGUUCAUGUCAGGAAAAAGCUCAAGGUGCCUUCUCUUGUCUAGCAGCUGAGUUCAAAUCAAGAGAAAUCUGAGUACCAGGUGGGAGGCCCCCUGUCUCUUUCUGUUGUACAUAAUUGAUAGCUUUCUCUUGUCAUCCCAGAAUGUCUGGGUAGAGAAUGCUCAUAUACACAUGUGGUAGGUGUUGAAGUUAAUUGAAAAAUGGGUUUGUGGCUCUUGUAGCCUAUUAGAGAAUGUAUAACUAGCUAUUAAUAGAAUGUUUGACAAAACCAAUAGUAGAAUGUUUACAUUGUUUUCUUGGCAACGCUUCCCCCAAGCUUAAAAUUCUAAGUAGCAUUUUUGCAUUGGAAUAGUUAUUAAAACAAUACUGCAUUAUGCAUAAAUAUUUGCAAAUACAAAUAUUUAUGAUAAUUGGAGAUCCUGUUGCAUUUGUGCAGAACUCCUGGUGUACUUGUUCAUUAACUAUUAUUUUUUGGCACCUCAACAGCAUCCAUCUGCAAAAAACUUGCCCAUAUGAAAAUGUGAAAAAUGCUUUUUCAGCUUUCAUGAAAUGUUUAACUACUGUAAAUGGCUAAUAAAGGCUUGCAUCCAACAUUUUCUUGGGACUGGUGCAGACUUACAAUUAACUUGGAUUUAGGGAUUGAUCUGAAAAGCCUGCAAAUCUUCCCCUCUACCUUUCACCUUACAUCUGGUAAACACCGCUUGGAAAUGUUACCAUUUUAUUUAAGUUAUUUAUAUACCACUUAAUCGUUAAUAAAAUAAAAUGGGUUCUGCAUUGUGUGACUGUUGCCAACCAAGAUUAAAAUGAGCUAUGGGGUGCUCCUAAACAUGCUUUGAGGACAAUAAUGAAACUAGUUUUUUGAAGUGGAUUUAGGAGCUUCCUUAAGGGUUGGCAGCACUUGUAUGUAACACUGGAUCUGUGUGGAGGGCAGAAGGAGAAAGUUUACUAUUCCUUCAAUCAGCUCACUUUUCACCUCUGGAGCCUCAAUUUUAAAUACAGUAAUGUGGCGACCUCAAAGUCCAUUAUAUAAUUGUUGAUAUGAUUUAACAAUGGCUACUCUGUGUUGCUAAAUAGGCAAUUUUAAUUUUGCUGGGUUGAAUCAAAUUGGUAUUUAGCACCUAUAAAAGUGGACAAUAGGAAGAGUUUUCAUGGGUAAUAUAGCAGUUAGCUUGUGCUUAGAGAGUUACUCCAGGAUGUAUUAGCUAAUUCUGUUUUUUUAUUAGCUUAAAAAUAUUUCCGUACACAGCUCUUCAUUAAACUGAUGUGCAUAUCAAGAAAUAAAGCUUGAAAAAUGAAACAUUACACAUACUUUUGUAAACCAAGAAAUCUUUAAUAAAAAUAUGUUUAAAAAAAUUAAAAAUAAAGCUGAGUAUAUUGGAACAUCAUUUGUUGUUCUAAAUACAAUAUGCAUCUUUCUCUUAGCAUUGUAAAAAUUACAAUUUCAAAGGUAGUUAUUUAAUCUUAAAACCCCUUCCUACUGAAUGCGCACAAAAUUGUCACCACCUGUGCUUUAAAAAUAAACACUUACAGUUGCCCAUGGUUUGAAAUUAGCCAAGCACCAGGUGCAUUUUGCGACUAGGGAUUAGCAGAUUGUGAGCACUUUAAGAAGCCUUGGCGCCAUGUGUGGCGACUGAGACACAGGAAAAUUGCUGCCACCGACCACCGAGGGCACAGGAGAAAUGCCUCCCCACCCUGCACACAAGUUAGAUCGCUGCUGCUUGUGCAGGAAAGUGUCAGUCACCUCACCAGGUUGGCACUGAGAGCUGCUGCCACUGCGAGCAUGACAUUGUGCUGCUUUGCCUCUUCCUGCCCCCCAGGUGAGGCUGACCUUCCCUUUGCCUCUCCCGUGUGUGUGUGAAAAAUAUGCCAGUAUUUGUAAAUAUUAAUUAAUUCAAAUAACAUGGUUUUGGCUACUAUUGUGGGGGCUGAGCCCCAUUUAUGUUUGUGUUGUCCAAUUAAGAAUUGCUUUUAAAAAUAUGAAUAAGAAUGUGUCACUGAUGUGAACUGUGUAUUAAUUCAUGUGUUUCAAAAAAAUAAAUAGAAAGUGUAACUGAAUUGAAAAAAAAUGUGGCUAGACAUUCUGUUGGGCCCAUAACCUAGGUUUCAGGAGCCAUGUGGCAAAUGGCUUUUCUUUCCUAGUUUCUAACACUGCUAUUGACUACAGUGGUACCGCUGGUUACGUACUCAAUUCGUUCCGGAGGUCUGUUCUUAACCUGAAACUGUUCUUAACCUGAAGCACCAUUUUAGCUAAUGGGGCCUCCCGUGCCGCCGCCACACGAUUUCUGUUCUCAUCCUGAAGCAAAGUUCUUAACCCGAGGUAUUAUUUCUGGGUUAGCAGAGUCUGUAACCUGAAGCGUAUGUAACCCGAGGUACCACUGUAUAUAUAUGAGCACUGAAUACUUAAAGCAGUGGAAAUGCUCUCUUACUCUAAAUAAUUCUUGUUCCUUCUGUUUAGGUUGGAAUUAAGCUUUACCUACACUAGAAUUUGGACAUCCAACUGAGAUCAGGAAGAGAGUUGUUUAAAGGAACAGAAAACCGGGUGAGUACAAGGUAAACAUGGAAUAGAUCCAGUUAUUCCUUUAGAUCAGGCAUGGCCAAACUUGGCCCUCUAAAUGCUUUGGGACUACAACUUCCAUCAUCCCUAGCUAACAGGACCAGUGGUCAGGGAUGAUGGGAACUGUAGUCCCAAAACACCUGGAGGGCCCAGUUUGGCCAUGCCUGCUUUAGAUGUUUGGCUGUGUGUUACUUAAAUUGUUUAGGAACGUAAUUCUGUUAUCUAGAGCAGCAGUGAGAUACUUCUGGCCCACGGGUAUAAUUAAGCCAUUUUGGCCAAGCCAUACCCACCUGUCUACACCUAAUCUAGGACAGGUAUGGAGGGGGUAAACUUGCAGCAGGGCCAAAAGAGCGUUUGCGGGCAACAUCAAUCACCUGCGCCCACCGCUUUGCAAGUAUCAAUAAUCAGUUGAUUAUUGAGUAUUUCAGAGAACAUUUGUCUGCAUUAGAAAGCUAGUUCCAUGCUGCACCUAUGGUUUAUGUGACUUUGAAAGUCAGGGGUCUUUUACUGCUAGUUCUUUUCUCACUAAGACUUUUGAACAAAAUUAUUAAAUCUUAGAAACUUUUCUCGUCAUAAAAGUUUAGUUAACUGAGUUAAAUGUUGGAUGUAAUAUUGAAGUUUGUUGGUUUGCUCCAAAGCUUCCAUCAUGGAGCUUUUGUCUCAGUAUAGUCAAUCUGGAGCUACAGUGGUGGUGGUGGGGAGCUUCAUUCAUGUGCAGAUGGUGGUGUUUAGAGCUGCUCUGAUACUGAAGUUUUUGAAACACCACAUUUGCAUAUGUGGGAGCUUUAGCUACAUGUUGGAGCUCACAUGUGCAUAAAGAACCCCUUGACUGUAAUCAUCUACUCAUUCAGAAAUUAAUAGGAAUCAGACUGAAAGGUAGCUUAACACUUUGGGCAAAUUGCAUAUUACAUUCUUACCAACUAUAUAGACACCUGAAUAAGAGGAAGAGAGAAGUUGUAGCAAUCAGUAGAUAUGAAGUAUUGAAGGAUCCCUUUCUCUUAAAUCACAUCGCAGUCUUAGGUCAGAUCUAGAGCAAGCAUAUCUAGAGAGAUGUUCUUAGUGCAGCCUCCCUUUCUACACCACCCCACCCCAUGCUAUUAUCUAGGCCUGCUUGAAGUUAUAUGCCAAGGUAGGGAACUAGAUUGGAGCAAGACCGUCCACUUGUCAAACUUGAAAGAAGUUGCUGUACUCCUCAGUCAGCUGAUUGUUAGUUAGAGCAAACCUCCUUUGAAUGUGUGUGCUGAUUGGCAUUCCUAGUGCACCUUCUAAGAGGCUCCCUUUAACUGGUCACCAGCUGAUUGUCGGUUAGAGGGAGCCCCUUUGACACCUUUCUUUCCAAAUCUCUAACCACAGCUCACUGAAGCACUAACAUUCAUUCAUUUAAGUGCUGGACAAAGCAAUUUGCAAAGGCUCUUAUCCAAAGGCUCUUCAGCAGACAUCAUAUAUGAUGUCAGGUGUAGGGCAGGUGGGUGUGGCUUGACUGCAGCUGUCUCGCGGACCAAAUAGGGAAGCCUAGUGGGCCAAUUAGGCCUGCACGCCAGAGGUUACCCACCCCUGUUGCAUGCCUUCUGCCCUGGAAGCCUUUACCACUCAUCUUGGGAAUGUGGACUCUGUUGAUAGUGGUGAGAGAGACGUUCUGGCUCUAGAGCCUGUUGAGCCUUGGCUCAGGAAGUUUAGCUAUUCUGAGCACUUUAAUGCAUGCUUGCUUGUGCUUUAAGAUAUUCAAGAUUUCAGAACCUAGUAAUGACAUGUUGUACCUGGAGGUGUGUUAGGACUAGAUCAAUAUAACAAAUGGUAGAAUGCUGGUGGUUUAAUCUCUUUCCGCAUUUAACAAGAUUGGAAAUGUACAGAACUAUAGCCCUUAGUAUUUUAACUAAAGGCAUUUAAUGUUUACAGCAUUCUUUUGGUGUAAUGAGUUCAUUAAGAAAAGCUUUUGAUGCUAAUUCAGAAAUCUAUAAUUUGUUCAGCGUCUUUCACAUGUAGUUUUGAUGCUAACUGACAAGCUGUAAGUUAAUUAGCACAGAACUUACUAAUGAGGAUGUUAAAAAAUUUCACUUUUGAAUUAUUUUUAUAUUGAUGCGUUCCGGACAAAUUGAAGGGAAUUCUAUUAUACUGGUGAUGAGUUUUGUUUACUUUGCUAUGCAGAUGCUUUUUCAGGUAAGUGGGGUGAGGAGAAUGUCAAUGAUUUUUGCAAAUGCUAUAUAUAAAAAAAAACAAGAAAUGCUUGUCUUUUUCAAAUCCAGGGAUAACCCAAAACCAAUGCAGUUAAAGUAAGGUUGUUAAUUAGUAUGGAAGACAGCUUCUUGAAUUAAUAUGUGGUGUUAAUUAACAGGAAGUCUGAUGUUGUGUUGUAAUUACUACCAAUAUUUUUGACAUACUGAGUGACUGAAGGUGAAUUAUAUGGAGAACAAUUUAGUAAACAGAUCAGAAUCUAGGUAUGCUUUCUUUUUGUUUCUUUUCUUUAGAAAACAUGGAUAGACUUCUUCGUCUUGGAGGAGGUAUGCCUGGUCUGGGACAGGUUAGUAUACAGUAUGCUAGUUACUUUUUUAAAAGUUUUAAUUACAGUUCCUAAAGUCUUACUUUUAAUCAUCAAAACAAAAAGCCCAAUAUGAUCAAACUUCCACAGACACUUGAAAUACGGUAAGUGCAAAGAAGAGGGUGCAAUGUUGCAUGAUUUUGAGUGAACAUUACUGUAUAUGAAUUAUUGAAGGGGAGCUGUGUAUGUUUCUUGCAGCAAAAGCAGCAACAGGGUUUCUUGUGUCAGUGUGAAAGCAUGUUUAUUGUGGCUUGAACUUUCAUACACAAAAGCCUGCUUUGUCUGAUACAUCAGUGUAAAUUAUUGCACUGUCUUAACUUUCCAAACAUAAUUUGUCUGUGUGCAAUGUGUGAAGUUGUAGGAUAUUUUUGUUAGUCAUGUGGGAUCAUAUGUUCACAGAUGAUGAAUUGGCAAAAUCUGAUCCAGCAGGCAGUGGAAAACACAAACAAGUUGCAAAUAAAACCUUCCUGGCUUAGUGAUGAUAGUUCAGUUAUCAUUCAUAUGAUGCAAUGUAAGCGUGAACAGACCUAGUUUACACAGACCUCAUGGUUAUCACCAUAGCCAUAGUACAAAUUAAAAACAUUGAAAACUGACUGCUGUGUGUAAGGAAAUAGAUCUGUAGUACUUCAACUUCAUGCUUGUUUUUGGGUACAGGAAGAUGGUUAUUUUAAAUAACAGCUCCUCCAAGAAAGCCUCCAACACCUUCCACCCAAUGUAAUCUUUAUUCUCUUUCACAACAAAAUGCCAUACCUUAAAAAGUCCUGAGGUCUUUUUUGGCAAAGAUUUCCAUGUUUGUUUCUAUCACUGCUGCCUACUGGCAUGCUGAUGACCAAGUCCGUAGCAGUUUCUUUUCAAGCCUAUUUUAAUUUAAAGUAAGCUUGAAAGUCCAUUACUUUAGAAUUCCCAACAGAUGUGCAUUUAGGCAUAAUCUAUAGUAAUUUCUCCUUGGAGUGAAACGGAGAAGGUUAGAGGCUUUGUAACUAUUGUAAUGGUCCUUCUCUCACCAAAUCAGGGAAAAGAACACAUUUAAACUUAAUUUCUGUGGCUCAGUUUAUUAUAAAAUUGCACUGCAAUUUUUUGUUCUGUUUUGGUGACCUGUUUUGUAAUGCACUUUCAUGAUGAAAAAGGCAAAUAAGCAAAACUGUUGUUAGCAAUAGUUCUCCAUUAGAGGGAGAGAUAAUGACAGCAGAAUACCUCUGUUUGAAAAAUCUGCAUGAUAUUUUCAUGUGAUGCUUGAGAGUGGGGUGUCUUGGCUUGAGGUCGGUCUGAACUCUCCAGGUAGGCAUGUAAAUGGAGAGGAGUGAUAAAUGAGGAUGCAUUCAAGGUAGGAAAAUAACUGUGGUAUAGGACCUCCACAGGUUUAAAAGCCCUUCUAACCACUGCGGCCCUUUGACUCGUGGAAGGGCUUUUAAACCUGUGGAGGUCCUCACUAAUAAAAGCGUAAAGGUAAAGUUACCCCUGACGGUUAGGUCCAGUCGCGGACGACUCUGGGGUUGUGCGCUCAUCUCACAUUAGGAAUAUUAUUUCUGUCAAUUGCAUUGUGAGUGUGUAGCAGAUAUAAAAAGGGCAAAUUCAGUGCUAGGCAUCAUUAGGAAAUGAAUGGGAAAUAAAAUUGCUGAUACCGAUGUUAGGAUAUUUCCGUUCCACCUUAAAAGGGAGCAGGCUUUGUGAGUCACAGAGUCUGCGUAUUUCCUGUUCACAGGAAGUUUAUGUUUUUGUCUUUGCUUUUGUUCUCUCUCUGUGCCUGAGACACCGAAGCAGGCAGUCAUGUUUUCUUUGUUCUGACCAACGCUGAAUAAACUUGAAAAUAAUGCUCUCCUGCGUGCAUCUUUCGCUCUGUGAAUUCUGCUGAUAGAGCGUGCAUGAGCUCUGGAAUGUGGCAAGCUAUUUCUGGAGCUCGUGUCGCUAAUUGCUGAUACUGUAUCUACGGGAGAUCGAUGGACGUCCGGAGGCGACGUGGGGUCAUGAUGGACUUUGUCUCCCUGGCAGUAUCCCAACAACCAUAAUGCUGUUGUACAAAUCGAUGGUGAGACCACAUUUGGAAUGCUGUCUACAGUUCUGGUUACAUCAGCUCACAAAGGACAUUGUGGAGUUGGUGAAAGGUUACAACAUUUGGUACUGUUCAGUUUUGAGAAAAGUUGGAAUAAGGGGUAACAUGAUUGAAGUUUAUGAAUGGCAUGGAUAAAGUUGAUAGAGAAACAUUAUUCUCUUUGGACAGCUGUGCUGUUCCAUAUGAUUCCUCAGUUCUCUGGAGCGUAUUUUUUGGGGGUGGGGGUUGUUCAGAUUGAAAUGGGAGCUCUGUUCGGUGUCUGAUGUUAGCUAUCAAUACUAUAGCAAUGAUGCUUCUGACAAGUUGAGAGACAAAUGUUGCAAUUAGUGAUAACUUCAUAAAACUCAGAGCAGUGUUUCCCAACUGGUGGUGCACGGACUCCAGGCAGUCCACGUAAUUCACACAGGAGGUCCGUGGCACUAUUCACACAACAAAAACUACCUUAGAGAUAGCAAUAUUUCCAAAGGUAGGGACUCCAUGCCUUGGCUAUUGAAAAACGGGGUCCGCCAUAUGUAGCUAAUUGGGAAUCAGUGGCUUAGAGCAGAACUUUCCAAACUGUUCAGGUCGGUGACACUUUUUAGGCAUGCAUCGUUUAGCGACACAGUAAUUCAGUUUUACUAGUAAACCAGAGGUUUAACGCCUUUCCAGCCCUGGGAGGAGUGAGGGGAGCGUUCGCACGACACACCUACACACUGCAGCAGACACACUAAUGCAGUGCUUUUCAACCAGUGUACCGUGGCACCCUGGGGUGCCUUGAAUGAUUGUCGGGGUGCUGCAGGCCUCUUUCCUUCCAUCCCACCUCUGAUGCCCUCUUGCAUCUCUGCCUCCUAAAGGCUUGCCCGGCUAUUUGUUGCAGCAGCCCUGGCUACAAGCUCUCCAGGUGAAUGGUGCCUUUGGGGCUGGCCAGGGGGUGCUUCCCAGCCCUCUCUGAGGAAGUGUAAGGAGGCACCUCUCUUUGGGGCAGGGGAGGCAGCUCAGACCAGGAGGGGCAGUUGCAGCUGUCCAGAGGACUCUCAAGGAGAGGGGAGAAGAGAGGAGCUGAGGAACACUCCACAAGGGUGUGUUCAAAAAGGACUGAGGGGCUGCUGGCUCUGCAGGCAGGGGGUGGCAUAACUGGGCUCCACUGGGGUGCCACAGAACGAGCUGUGGACUCAAAAACAUUGAAAACCUCUGCACUAAGCUGUUGCAACACACAGUUUGGAAAGCUCUGGCUUAGAGGAUUGUAUGUAAGUAGAGAUAAACCUUGGACUUGCAUACUCUCCUCAAAUCAUAGCUUCUUUGCAAACUAAGAUCACCAAUAACUGGUCUUUGGGUAGUAGUCUGAAUGUGGCCAUUAUCUGUCUCCUUGGGGAAAGAAGGGGCUUUUCACCUCUGAAAGCAGGAGGGGGGACAACCUUUUUCAGGCCAAGGGCCUCAUUCUCUUUUGGCAAAUGCUCCAGUGAUCACACGCCAGGGGAGGGUGGGGCCAGAAGCAACAGUGGAUGGGGCAAUUAUUGUAAAUUUUACAUUAAGGCACACUAAACUAGUUUCUGCACUCAUCCUCGGUCCAGGGAAGCAAGAAACAUCAGAGUUCAAUAACACAGUCCAGCCAGGCAAAAGCACAAAGCUGCAAAGUAAGAGCUUGUAGGUAACGUGGCUGAGGGGAGUUGGGAGGCUUGGAGAGCCACAUUCCGUCCCCAGUCCUGAGAUUGCCUAUUUUUACUUUAAAGUAAUUCAGACUGCCUCUGAUGACCCUAUUUAAGGAGAUACCUUGAGUGUAUAGGGGAGGUACAAUAGAAUAAAUAAGCAUUGGAGCAGAUCUCCCCUUAAAUAGCUUCUUCCUUUGAAAGUGUAAUAAAUGCAACAUUUUCCGCCUUGGAUAUUUUUCUUUUAACAAUCGCAUGCAGAAGAUCAUCAUCAUUUUUGUUUGGCCAUGCCUUUGGCAGGGAAUUGGUGCAUUUAGGCGCUGUCAUUGUUAUAAUGGUCAUUUUAAUUAUUGGGCGUUUACUUAUCAGUUUCAUAAAAUUUAUAAACUGCUUGAUUGUAAAAACAAAAAACCCUCAUGCAGUAUCACUGGAUCUUACAUUAGCUGCCCUGAGCACUAUUUGGAAGGAAGAAUAGGAUAUAAAUUUAAUGAAUAAAAAAUUUUCUGCUUUACAAAAGGUGGAAUUGUGGCUGAGAACCUGGGCCUGGCUCAUAGCCAUUCUUUCCAGUGAGCAGUAUGGGGACUGCUCAAACAAGACUGAUGGCUUUUGUAAUGAAAGAUUUGUGUUGUCAACAGCCAUGUUUGCUCAUGUCUUUUGUGUACAGGGCAGAUAAGGAGAGAUUUCUCCAGUGGGUUGCAGCAGGAGUGGGCAUGAUUUAGGCUUGGCAGGCCCACUUUGUUUUUUUCUAGAACCCCAAGAUCUACUAACAGGAGCCAUGUACAAUAGACGCACAAUGAGGAUUUAAAAAAUGAUUCUGCUUCUGAGUGCAUUCAGAGCCUAGUAAUGUGUUUUCAGUACCUGUAGUGAAUUGAGCUGAGUUCCUGUCACACCAAAAUGCACCCCUGAUCUGCUUUCUUAAUAUCAGCAGCCUAAUUUAGAUGGAAAAAGACUUUUUGUUUUGUUUUUGCUGCUGUUCCAACAAUUUGGAGCCAGAGCCCCUUGCUGUUCUAUUGCUAACCACCUAGACAUUUACCAGUAAAUGCCUAUCUUCCUUUUGCCUACACCUGGGUUAUAGAGGGUAACGGUACAAUUACCUUGUGUUGACUAAGGAUUUGGAAUUUAUUGAUAUAAUUUAUUAAUGUAAAUUAAACAUUUCUUCUCACUGCAUUUCCUUUUCUGAAUUCUGAAAUGUCAUUUCUAGUGCACAAUAGCACUGACAGCUGGUGACAUGAUGAUGCGGGUGGGUGGGUAAAUAACCCAGAGUAACACUGUAUACAGCCCUCAAAAAGAGUAACUGCAACGCCAGCUAAGUCUGUCCUUGACUGCAGAACAUAGCAUCUUGCCAUAUUUGCUUAUUGCAAUUUUGGGUAGAUGCUUUUAAGUGGUGUCUUCUGGGAAUGCAUGUAAAGGUGGACCACUUUUUUUAGAAAGAGGGGGGGGAGGGGUGACCUGUCUCUUAGCCGCGUUAGCACUUCAACUGGAAAUAAAGAAGCAAGAAUUGCAAAUAGCUAUUUUGUUUGAAUAAUGGGCUUGCCAAUUAGGCAUCAAGUGCUUCCAUCUGUGAAAUUGUUGAUCAGAUGGGUUAGCUGGGACACUUCCAGAUUAGGGCAUUGUACAUGGCACUUGAAAACUGUCACUUUGAAAGAGGUUUCAAGUGCUGCACUGCUUGAUUCUGUAGAAACUCUUUCCUUUUUUUUUUUAAAAAAAAGAACUCAUUGAUAAAACCUGUAGCACCUAAGAGACCUGCCACUGAUCUAAAAAUCCUAUUGUACAUGCUGAUCUAAUGCAUGUAGAAGUUGAACUCACAGGCACGGUUUCCUUUUGUGUGUUUUACAAUGACAGAUGAACGAUCUGUUGAAAAAUCUGAAGGCAAGCAUUCUUCUAACUUGUCUUGAACCAUAAACGCGUUAGGCCUUUCUUACACUUCAGGAACUUGCAUCCUGGCAUUGUGGUUACCAGGCAUAUAUUUGUAAAAGUUUCUUUUUAAUGUUCUAUUGUUUGAUUUGAAAAAAAAAAGGGUUUCAGGAGUGUCGUUAAUUUCCUGUUAAGCUCUGCUGCUAGUGCAGCAGAAGAGUAUGGCAGAAGUGAUGUACAUAAACAAUGGUUUCGGUCAUCCAUACCCAUUCAGAUAUGGCUUGCAAUCCUAUGCUAAUUCUAAUUUAAUUUAAUGUGGCAUAUUCCUCAGUCUUGACUCUUGAGUCAAUCUGUGCAUGGUCAGGUUCUAAAGCAUUAAUGAAAAACCCAGAGGAGAGGUGUGCAGAAGUAUGUUGGCCCACCUCUUCCCUCAAGUAACCUCUUAAAAAAGCCAAGAUAUAUGAGGAAGGGCGUAAAGAAAAACGUUAAGCAGUAUCUGUUCUCAUGCUGGGAACUCUGCAUUCCUGGACUGGGCUUAGUAGUGAUCAUCAGGAAACCUUGGGGUCAGGAGAUUACUAUUGUCUCCUUUUCUAACAGGCUAUCACAUCAUCAAGAACACUGGGUACCUUACCUCAAUCAUUGAAUCGGUUCAGGAUUCUGAAAAAAUAAAUGCCUGUAAGCCGCCUAUUGUAUUAAUACCCCUUUACUGGGAAAGGGCAGGGAAAUAAGUUGUUUCCUCCUCUACAUUUCCUACACCCCAAAAAUUUGCAGAGGAUUUCAACCUUUGGGAAGAUUGAGGAAGGCAGGAAAGUGAGUUCUUGGCUCCUAACCUGCCUGCUUCUUGCUAUGUUUUGAGCUAAGCCAGCAGACCCUAUGCUUGCAGAGCCUUCCUCACACAGAGGGAGGAAGGGGUGAAUAUGCAUCUACCCUUCAGCUUGAGACACAGCAGGAUGUGGGAUGAGUCCCUCCCACCCACUCCUAUGGUAAAAUGGCUUCUGUGUGUUCUCGGUGAAAUAUCUGAGCUAAAUGUCAUGGAAGGUUGGGGGCAGCACUGGCUUUGUCCCCUGCAGUGGAAAUCACAAAGCUUCCAUAAAUAUUGAAAAUAUCCAAGCAAGGAAAGUAUACAAGUAUCGGGUUAUUGGGGUUUUUUUAAGACAAGGAUUCAGAUACACACGACCUCCAGUAGACUUUUGAAAGCACAGGCAGCAUUUUUCAUACAUUUUGUUGAGUUCCCUGUAUCAAGCUGUAUGCAUUCUCCCAUUCGUAAAGUUUUACUUUUUUGCAGGUUUAUAUUAAUUGUCCAUUCUCAUGGGAUAUUUUAAAUGAGAUUUUAAGCUUUAUAACAUCCAGUUUUGUAGAAUGUACACAUGAACAGUAUUCCAGGAUCUCUUGACUUAAUCAUAUGUUUUUUAGAGCAACAGAGAAUCUCAUAUAUACGUGUAUACGUAAUUUUGACAAAAUUGCUUCUAAUGGACUGGAGAAGAUUUUUUUUUUUAGAACUUUCUAGUAUUUCUAGAAUAAUACAUUGAUGCUAUAUACUCUUCUUUGUUUCCUUUUUCUGUAAAUUUUAAUAGUGCUUACUGAGCAUAUGUUUUCAGUCAGCUUCAGUGCUCCUUACGGUCUCCUUAUAAAUGUUUCAGAAAGUAAAUUCCCUUCAUAUGACUGUCCACCAGUAAUCUCUACAGAUGGCACCUAAACAUUUGUCUCAUGAAAAAGCAAAUGGACUUAAGUUCUUUCCUCUGAGCCAAAUAGUGGGACUAGUCAUUUUAAGUGUGUUGCAUAGUGUGGAUUGGCAUUUUGAUGCUUGAAAACUCUUGGAGAAUUGCCCUUUUUAGAUUUCUUUGGUACAUUGUCUGCUGCUUGUCGCUGGGGUGUGUUGGCUUCCUCUAGUUCGCUAAUGUAUAUAUCCUUAGCUCUGAAGGACAACAAAAGUGGACAUUUCGAGCAAGAUGCUGUUCAUCUCAUUUCAGAAAACAUUUUUGUAAAGCAUUAAUUGAAAAGAGUGUCUGAGCACAUCUUACUGCUAUGUUCCGUGUGUAGGUAAUAAUUACAGGGGUUUUUGGGGACAAUACUAUUUUUUUUGUGGUAGGUAGAGGUUCUUUGUCCUUUAGCUCACCCUUCCACCAAUAAUAAUAAUAAUAAUAAUUUAUUAUUUAUACCCAGCCCAUCUGGCUGGGUUUCCCCAGCCACUCUGGGCGGCUUCCAACUGACUAUUAAAAACAGUACAGCAUCAGACAUUAAAAACUUCCCUAAAGAGGGCUGCCUUCAGUUGUCUUUUAAAAGUAAAAUAGUUGUUUAUUACUUUGACACCUGAGUUCCACAGGGCAGGCGCCACUACUGAGAAGGCCUUCUGCCUGGUUCCCUGUAACCUUACUUCUCGCAAUGAAGGAACCGCCAGAAGGCCCUCGGCGCUGGAUCUCAGUGUCCGGGCUCAACGAUGGGGGUGGAGACGCUCCUUCAGGUAUACAGGACCGAGGCCGUUUAGGGCUUUAAAGGUCAGCACCAACACUUUGAAUUGUGCUUCGGAAACAUACUGUUAGUGUGAUGUGCACUCCAUCGUCUCCUUGCAACAAUGCUGUCAUUGUUGGGCACCAAGAUAGCAACUGGCCCAACCUCAUCCAUUAAGCCUCAUGUCUGAGCAGGAAUCUGAACUAAAUCUAGUCUCACAUACUGGCUGCAUAUGGUAUUGCUUAGAUGUGUGUACUGUACUUAGAACACCUCCUAUUCCAAUCCAGCAUGGUCUUUAAGAUCAGCCAUUGAAGCCUAUCUGAUGGUCCCUGUCCAUCACAGGGUCAGCAGUGCAAGGACCCAUAGUAGGGCUUUAUCAGUGGUGGCUCCAAAACAUUGGAAUGUUCUUCCCACUGAGAUGUGUUUCACCUCACCACUACACUCCUUUAGGAGGAAUGUAAAGAUAUACCUUUUUGGCAGGCUUUUGGAGGUGAAGUGUAACUUGUUUGAGGGCAGUUUUGUAUUGCACCCAUUGCUGUUUCAUGAUUUCCUCAUUUUAGUUUAUGCUGUGUCUACUUUGUAUUGAUGUUUUAAUUGGCUUUAGAAAUAUGUAGAGGUGUGUUUUAAUAUGCUGCACAUUGCCCUGUGACCAUAUGGUGAUGGUGGUAUGGAAAUAUCUAAAUACAUGAACACCCAAAUUUUCCCUGCCUUGCAAAUAUAAAACAUGAGCAGAGAUAAAACCAUAGGAGUGUACAGAUGAUUUUAACGACUAUUGGUGGGAUUAAACACAAACUUUACCUUGGGAUUUUAGCAUAAUUUAACCUUUGUUAAGAAAAACCACUUGUCUUACACUCUUUUCCCCCAAGUAUACAGAUUGCAAUGCCUGUGUGUGUGUGUGUGUGUGUGUGUGUGUGUAUAUAUAGUUCUGAAACUGCAUAUAGGGAGGUAUGCAUUAAUGCUUUAAAAACCCUUUAAACUUAUUUUUAUUUUUUAAUGAAUAAGUUCCAUGAAUAAUAAAAUAUAAAUUAUACACGAUAUAGAGGGGUUCUUCUUUAGAGGCAAGUGGUUUAACACACACUCUCAAUUGUCUGUAGGUGUAACAGCUGAAAAUCUGCACUCCAAGAGUUAAGUCAGCAUGAAAGAAUUCAUUUCCACUUUAAUGACCUAGCCUUGCUGGGUUAGGACGAUGGGGAACAUGCUUCUGACUUGCACUCCUAUUGCCAAUUAACACCUCCUAUAACAGGUUGUCUCAGCUAGUCAUUGAAGCAGAGGCAGUAGAAAUAGUUUACAUGCAUCUUGUUUUUCGCACUAGUUGUUUAAUACUCACAAAAUUAAGUAUUAAAAGGUUCCCUUUUUUACUUUGCUGGGUAAGAAUAAACAUGACAGUGUUGGAUAGUUGUACAUUUGCUUGUGUCUGUUUUGUUGUGUUUAUUUUUUUAAGGGGUUUUAAUUGUGAAAAUAAAGGUUGGAGUUGGUUCUAAUCUCACCCUCUCUCAUAUAAGAAUUUAGUUUAGCUGCGGAGAGCUCAUUUGUACUGAUUUCGGCAUCAAUUGGAUUUUUUUUUAUUGUCCCAUUUAAAAAAAAAUGUUUAUGGGCUUUUAAAAAAAGAAUUUUUAAAAGUACUCUGGAGUAAGACAAUACUCAGAGUGAAGUAUCAAUUUUUUCUCUCCAGGUUGAUGGUGUUCAUUUUUGUAGCUUUGUCAGUUGUUUAAUCUUGCAUCUCUUGUAUUUAAGAGCAGAAAUGCAUGAUGCAAGUGAAGGGCAGUGUUCUAAAGUGACUCAUGAUUAAUCAGCAGGUAUUCUAAUAACAUAAUAAAACUGGCUAAAUAAUUGAUACCAGUUCACACUAAGAGAAAGGUGGAGUAAUAUACCUAAAAGUGUUAACAAAUUUGCUAAAAGGCCUGAGUAGGUAACACUCUGAGGCGUUAGUUUUAUGCUGUUAUAAUGGCAAAUGCCUUUUUUUAACACUUAGUCAACAAGGGCUGCCCAAGGAAAAGUCACAGUUUUUAUAACUGGAUCAUAUCUGAAUGCUCCUGAAGAAAAGUAGUGUCUCGUGUUAACCCCAUUUGAUUGAUUUGUGAGCUGAUUACGUUAUCUUUGCUCGUUUGGGCUUUUGGAGGCAUUUUAUGUUGCUAAAUGUUGAUAAAAGAAAUGAAUUUUAAUAGUGUGAGUCUACCUUAAAUCCUCCGUUCUUUAAUAAGCGAGGGCUUAAAAGAAAUGAUUGAUACGGCUUACGCCUGAUAUGAUUGCCCUGCAGGCAGGUCAGUUCACUGACUAACACUUGGUAGACAGUUUAGUCAGGAAGAAGCAUCUGUUUCUCCUCUUAAAAGUAUAAUCGGGAUUGAUUUUCCCCCUUUCCUUUGUAAUGCAUUGGGUACAAAAGAACUUUAAUGUUGGGUUUUUAAAAAUAAAAAUAAAGUUCUGUUUUUUUAAUGGCUUAUUUUAGUUAAAAGUAAAGGACCAAAUUAAAGGCUUGCUUCAGUUUCAGUCCUUGGUGGUGGUGGUGUUAGCACAUUGAAUCUCAGGGGAAUUUGAUGCAUCUGGUAUAUCGGAGAAAAGUAUAUUUACUUUUUGUCACCUUUGUAGAUUACUGGUUGGAAUGGGAAAUGACUGGCAGAUGAGGGUUGAUGUGUAAUCUAACAAUUCAGUGUUCAGGCUGCAUGCACCUUCAUUAACAUUGCUGGAAGGUAAAAAGGGGGGCAGCAUGAGUCCCCCUGACAGUUUGGGGUUUAUAGAUAUAUUUUGUUAACAUAUUAACAAGCUUACAGAUAUGCAUAGUAGCGUGCAAAGGAAUUGGUUAUGGUAUGGAUUUAAGAAGGUUCAGUGCUCCUUGCAACUUUCAGAGGGCGUUCUGUAGACACCAUUCUUCAGUAUAAAUUAAAUAAUCAGCUUUUAUGUUUAGCUUCUUCCCUUUUUUUUGAAGGAAGUUUGCUGCGUUACUGCUUUUCUUCAUGAGGCUGAACAUUUUAAGACUAGCUGUCAUUGGGAGAAGUUUUUCUUUAAAUUCAUCUGAUUUUAAAAUACUGGUUUAAAUACUUGUCCAGAUUUCUGGCAUUUUGUAUCAGAACAAAAACACAACCAACUGUGUCUUUGCUAUAGGUUUUCAGGCUACAGUGGUACCUUGGUUUGCAUAUGUCUUGGUUUGCAUAUGUUUUGGAUUACAAACACGUCAAAUCCGGUAGUGCGUGUCCUAGUUUGCAACCUUUUUUUGGAUUACAACCCCCCUUUUUUAUUACAAACUAAUUUUUUUGGGAGGCCGCAUUGGCGAAAGCGCGCCUUAGGUUACAACCUGUUUUGGUUUACAAACAGACCUCCGGAACAGAUUAUGGUUGUAAACCAAGGUACCACUGUAUUUAGUACAGGCAUGUCCGAAGUUUGUUUCGGAAGACCUAAUCGAUUGGUUUAAUCUGGCUCCUGUGGCAGUUUAUUUCAAAAUUGUAAAUAAACCUAAAAAAAACCCCCACAACUUCAACAACUUUGGGGUAAAAUCCUAAAAAACCCUCAAGAAGUUCAGUCCUAAGAAAAGGUCAACAACUUUGGUCGGAAUUGGGCAGCCUUUUAAACAAGUCCGCAGCAGCUACAGUGGUACCUUGGUUUAAGAACAGCUUAGUUUAUGAACAACUUGGAUUAAGAAUGCUGCAAACCCGGAAGUAGGUGUUUUGGUUUGUGAACUUUGCCUUGGAAGCAGAACAUGUUGAGUGUGUUCCAUUUGUUAAUUGAGCCCCCCACUGCUAUAGGAAAGCGCACCUUGGUUUAAGGACGCUUUGGUUUAAGAACAGACUUCUGGAACGGAUUAAGUUCGUAAACCAAGGUACCACUGUACUAGCCUGCAGUGUGCUGUCAGAAGAGGACCAGAAACUUUGUCUCUUCUGCAGCCACCCACUGCACUUCCCUGCUCAGCAAUUCCUUGCAUCUCUGGCUAUAAAGCUUGUCCUUAAAUACAAGACUGCACUUGGGAUUGCAAUCAUAUGUCCAUAUACAGUGGUACCUCGGGUUACAGACGCUUUGGGUUACAAACUCCGCUAACCAGGAAGUGGUUGCUCCAGAACUUUGCCCCAGGAUAAGAACAGAAAUUGCAUUCCAGUGGUGCAGUGGGAGGCCCCAUUAGCGAAAUGUUAAGAAGUGUUUCAGGUUAAGAACAUACCUCUGGAACAAAUUAAGUUCUUAACCCAAGGUACCACUGUACAGUUGAAUGUGUUUUGUUUUGUUUUGUUUUUAAAGUAAAUGUGAAAACGUAUCCACAUUGGCAACAUUUAAGGGUAGCCAUACUAAGCAAACCUAAGAAGUAUAAUUGAUAUAUAGCAGUUCUCUAUCAAUUAGAAUAUUUGAGAGUAGGAUGUAUUGAGUCUGUAUUUUGACUGAUUGAGUGCAUUGCACUUUUGCUAUGUAAAGUACCUUAGGGAUAUUAUCUUUAGCAGUUCUAACAAAGUAGAGGCGGGGUAGUGUGUUCAUGCAUAGUGACAACUUGUGGCUAAAUUAAGGGACGUUGUGAACACCACUGAGGGCAAAGCAGCAAUGUGUGAAGGCCUAGAGGGUAGAAAGUGUCGUUCCACUUCACGUAAAAAUAUGAAAUACUUGAACGACUCACAUUCUAGUAUUAGCUGACUGCAGCAAUAGCGUUGGGCAUAAACAGGCAUUAUAGUUGAGUUUUUAAAAAGUAGCACUCUUAACUAAGUUGCUAUAAACGUCAAUAGUACUAUGUAGUAUAAGUAUCAGUUGAGAGAUUGAUUAAAUCAGAAUAUUUAGCAGGUAUUCUGAGCUUUUUCAAGAGGCUAUAGAAAUAACUAUUGCAGUUUUACCCCAAAAAGGUUUGGGAUUAUCUAAUGGCCAUUGGUGGCCCAAAGUCAUGGACAAUGGUAUGGUGUGAUAGAGGUCUCUGUAGGCCAGGGUUGCACAUCCUGCUGCCCUGCAGGUGUUUCUGGACUACAACUCCCAUCAGCCCCAACCAGCAUAUGGGAUGAUGGGAGGUGUAGUCCAACAACAUCUGGAGGGCCGCAGGUUGUGCACCCCUGCUAUAGGCCAUUGGCAAGAAGUUACAAUUCCCUUUCCUUGCUUCUGUGCUACUGCCCCCUAGAUCUCAUACUACAAAUAGUUUCUGUCCUUGCGGAAAAUGUUCUACCAAAUCCCAUUAUGCUCCUUUGCCCCUUUUUUAGUUUCCAGUGCCUUUUUUUUAUACACACACAAACACAUACAUCUUUUGCUCAAGUUACUUACUCCAAAUUAUCUUCAGUAUGUUGGUUUUCCACACUAUUCCAGCUGAUGAUAACGGGUUGUAUCCAGUUAAGUCAUCUGGUUAGUGCCAUGACUUCUGCCUAGGGACUUGGCCUUCCUCUUUCUGUACCCUGCACCAAUCUGUUGGGGAGCAGAUUUGGAGGGGCGCAAGGCUAGUUGUGAAAGUGGAAGUCCUUGCACCGAAACAAAGACUUUGUUGGAUGCAACCCAGUGGUGGUAAGCACAAGUCAUAAAUUAAAAGUUGCUAAUCCUUGCCUUCAAGUUCCCAGUCUAAUAGAUAUGAUAACAAAAGGAACAAAUUCUCUCAAUCCCCCUUGGACUGCAGAGCUAAAGGGCAGUGCAUGCUGGCCUCUGCUAUAGGUUGGGGACCAAAGGUCCCUGGGAGGCUGCACUCCCAUCCCAUCAGCCAGAGAAGGAGGAGGAACUUUGCUUCCCAGGACACUGCUGGAAAGAAUACUGAGCUCCAUGUGCUGUGGGGCUGCAGAAGAAUCGGGGACAAAGAGCCACCAACUGCUGUUCAAGCAAGAACACCAUCAAGGUCUGGCCAGAAAUGGAUAGCAAUGCCUCCUCACGGUUGCUGAUUCAUGCUGGCCUUAAAUAACUGGUGACCUCCUCUACCUUUUCACUCCAUUCCCCUUUCCAUGUGUGACUUUGUCUUUUUAGCUAAUAAGGAUUUUUUGCUGCACAUUUUGGUUUUGAAAUUUAUUAUAUCUUUCAUUGUCACCUGAUAAUUUAAAGCCAGUCCGAAACAAUAUAUACGGAAAUUAAUAAAAAAAAAAUUGCAUAAAUCUCUGCUACCUUAUAAGGGAAAUGAAAAGCAAAUGAACUAUUAACUUGCAGACACUUUAGUAACGCAAAAAGAGAGUGAAAAACCACAACCAUUUUAAUACAUACCCUAUGAAAUAAAUUUUCUCCAAUUUUUCUCCCUACUUAUUCUUUAAAUAAGUCAGUUUUGCCAUUGACAGCAUAUGUGGAAAACCUUUUCAUAGCCAUUUAGUUGCAGAUGGAAUGGAUGGCUGCCUCCACGUUGACAUAUAUAUAAUCGUAGCAGCAGUUAUCAUAUAUGAUAUUAAUUCUUUGUUGCAGUCUUACUGGACGCUUCACAUAGUUUAGCAAGAACAUAAGUGGUUGGCAAGGAACUUUGUACCCAAAGAUUUUGAUUAUUUGAAUACUGAUCUUUUCCCAAACUUUUUUUUGCCAGUUCCCACUUCCACCACACAUGAUAAAAAAGUCUCCCAAUUAUAUUCCACAUUUCAGACAUUUCAGUGAAUAGUUUUUAUUGAUUUUUUAAAAUUCCGACAGUUGUUGUAUGCCACCUACUCAUCCAUCCGCAAUUUUCUCUUACCUUCAUAUUCAGUGAAAAUUUAUGUCCAGCUUGUAAGCUUGACAGCCGCCCUCAAUUGAUGUGAGCUACUAUGGAAGAAAAUAUUGUCUGGGAUUGAAGUGGGAUUGAAAUGUAGGAAAUAAGUAGGAAUGGGAAGGGAGAGGAAAGCAAGCAUUGGAGCAGCUUCUCAUUCACUGGUGGAUGGGUGGGACCAAGUUGCCAGGAUGCUAUUCCUGGGAGGCAGGGGUUGCAGUCUUCUAGUGGCUGUUGGUUCCCUGGUCAGUGGUGGAGUUCAGAGUAUGCCUCCCCUAAGUCUCUGCAGUCCCAAAGAAUUACGAUUAUUAUUUUCAUAGUGCCUUUCAGAAAGCAUCUAUUAAUGCAGAGUUGCACAGCCCAUUGACAUCAGCUGAGAGUUACUGUUGUAAGUUGCAGCUCUUACAGUGAUGUUAUUUGCAGGGACUUCGGGCUGGUCCUUGUCCACUAAGGCCCCACUUCGUUGGAAUUCCCUUCCCAGGGAAGUAAAUACUCGUUUUUGCUGUCAUUGGAAGGCAUGUAGAAAGCCUUUUCCUGUUUACACCAACUGCUCCCCCACACACACCAAAAAAUUCCCCAUUAAUGUACAGUACUGCUACACUUUUUGUUUUAUUUCCUAUUUUUAUGGAUUUUUUGCUGCUUCAAAUAUAAUUAAAAGAAGCGAGACAACACUAGAAAAUAAAAAUAUCACUGAUUUUCUUCAUCAUCCUUGAUAAUCAAUAUGUACAAGCUAUUCUCUGUGGAGUUUAUUCUAGGUUUACCAGUCACGUUUAGGAAAAGAUUUAGUACCACUGUCAUCAUUCACAGGAAGCACCUUGCUUCCCAGGAAGGGCAUUUUUCCCCUCUCAAAUGCUAGUUGGCAUUCUCCACUUGAGCAAUACACAGCACUGGCCUCGGCCAUCAUUCACACCUUGGACAAUUGUGCUAAUUUUUUAUUAGCUACUCAUGAAGCAAAGAGCACAGUAUUUUGUUCACAGCUUUUCCACCUAGGGAUUGGAGGUCCAUUUUUCUCUCACUGCACCAGUGGAUCUGCAAAGUGCUCCCAUAGCCUUUUUCUUCAGGUCCUCUUUAGCUGAAAACUGACGAAGCAAAGGGAAAGCAAAGGAAAUUGUGUUUGUGUUGGUGCCAGUUAAUCAUGCUAGCCCAGCAGCAUUUAUAUUCACACCACUGUAAGAAACAUGCAGUUAAUUGGUGAAUUGGAGAUAUAUAUAUAUAUCUGAGGAGACUUCCUGCAAGAUUUAAUUCACUAAUAGAACUUCAUUGGAGUCCAAGCCUGUAUCAUUGAUAAGAUUUUCACUAAGCACAGUAUUUUUUAUUUUUAAAUGCUGAGUAUAUAGAUGAUCAAAGAAACACAAUUGCCUUCCCUUAGACUAAAUGACUAGUUUAUAUAGGGAAGUGCUCUUUAUCAACUUUGGCCAGGAUCCAGAGACACGUGUCUGUGUACAUGCACAUGCUAAUCCAAUAAGAAUACUUAGCAUUUGUAUGAUGCUUUAAAGCAGCCUUCAACCAAUGUUUUUGGACUGCAACUCCCAUCAUCCCUGGCGAUUGUCUAAGCUGUCUUGGGGAGCUUGUACUCCCAACAGCAUAUGGGAACCAAAGAUUCCAAAGGCUACUUUAAAGUGUUGAGAGCAUUUCACAAUAUUGUUCUGUAUUCCAUUCAACAAUCCCGUAAGACUGGUCAGUUUUAUCCUCAUAGCUCAGAUGCUGGGCUGAGACCAAGAGAGUGGCAUGCCAAGGGCUACAUACUGAGUUUGUGACAGCGGCAAGGUGGGAAGUAUAGGCUUCUGAUUCAUAGCUCGAUGUAUUAACAACAAAGGAGGGUGGUUUGUUAGGUUUUCUUCCUCCAGCUUGUAGCCCUUGGCCCUUCAGGUGCUUCCCCUGCUAUUCAGCUGAAUCUUAUAGGGAGACCAGUUGGGGACUGAUGGGCAGAAGAGGGAGAUGGAAGAUACUAUAGUAUCGGGCUCUGGAUUCCUCUUGUCUUGUAUGUCAAAUGCUGUAAUUGAUCGGACAGAAUGUGUGCAUGUGUUGCCUUUCUAGAAUAAAACCUUUUAUACAUGAAUCUGAAGGCAUAGUGAUGUGUUUCUUCUUUACCUAGGGGCCUCCUACUGACGCUCCUGCAGUUGACACUGCUGAACAGGUUUACAUCUCUUCCCUUGCGCUUUUGAAGGUAAGUAUUUGUUUUUGUUGGAUGAUAUUUCACAAAGCCCUGCAUAUAUCUGUCUCCACUAUGAACAAGUGAGAGACUUCUGUAAUCCUUGAAUGUCAACAAUAUAAUAAUAAUAAUAAUAAUAAUAAUAAUAAUAAUAAUAAUAAUAAUGUUUUUUAUUCUUGGGCAACAUUUAUUUAUUUAUUUUUAUUAUUUAUUCAAUUUAUAUCCUGCCUGCCCUUCAUCUGAACAUCACAGCAUAAGUUGUAAUGUUACUAUUUUUUAACAUUUUCAUACUUCUCAAAUCCAAACAAGGUGUCUUACUGUCCCAUUGUCUUUUGAAUUCAAACUAUUGAAUUUCUGUCUGUUACUGUGGCAUGUGCCCUUGGGGAAGGGGGUAUUUUAAGUGGUUUGCAUAGCAUGGAGAAGUUUAAGCUGUUUCAAGAAAAUAAGACCUUAUAAUUAAAUAAAGCCAAUUAUAAUACUAAAGGAGUGAAUAUGAAUAUGUAAUAACUUCAUACCUUUGGUGUUACAUGGAUAUUUCAAGUGCAUUUUAUUACAUUACAGAGCAGGGGCUGGGGAAUAAGAGUCAAAUGUAUCCCUUGAAUAGAUUUUCAGUAGAAUUUGAUCUUCUUUCCAGAUGUUGAAGCAUGGUCGAGCUGGUGUUCCCAUGGAAGUUAUGGGGCUGAUGCUUGGAGAAUUUGUUGAUGACUAUACUGUCAGAGUGAUUGAUGUGUUUGCUAUGCCACAGUCGGGAACGGUAAGUGCUCUUCAGUGAGUGAAUGUGUUAUGUCCAGUUGUACCCCAAGAUCCUUUCCUUCCCUACAUGUGUGAUGGUUGUGAAAAGAAUACUAAUGGUUGUAGUAUGUCUAUCCAGGCUGCAAGAAAUGUAGUGGUCUGUUAGGACUGGACAAUGUCAGUUAUUAGCUUUAUAUACCUGGGUUCCUCAGUGGUAUAGUGCUCACAGUUUCAUAGCUAGAUCUGUUCAAUUGCAGAAAGUAUCAAGCUUUAUUGUUUACAUCACAGAAAGUGGGAUUUAAAAUAUAUUGUGCUUUAUCCAUAAUAGUACUUCUGAACCUAUUUAUCAGAUUUGUUUUGAGUGUGGCUCAGCUUAUGUUUCAGAUAUUUCUAUUACAUUUAGGGGUUGCUCUGUAACUUGGUACUAAUGGAACUUGAGUCUGUAGCUCAUAGUUGUUCGAAGGCACAGACUACUGUGUGCUGGUUUACAAGUUACAAGGAUGUGCUCCCAAAUUCUAUGGGAUGCUGCUCCCAUCUUACCUGUAUAUAUGUAUUGUGAAUUUAUAAGCUGCCCUUGAGCAUUAAGGUUUCCAGGAUUUUAAAGAAAUAAUAAUAAAAUAUAUAAACUUGGAGAUAGUAGAAUCACAAAAGCAGCAGGGAAAAGCUAAACGAGAAACCACAUAAGAAGAGGCAUCAAAAUAAAACCAUGUUGUCAAUAUUUUUUAAUUCCUGGAAUUUUUAAAAAAGAUUUUAACACUGAACUUAACAUCACCAUUAGUGUCUGGUGAGCUUCUCUGGGAAGAGCAUACCAAACAGGAGUCACCAUAAAUUAUCCAGUCAUUUUUAUGGGGCCACAGCUCAGAUGGGGGCCUCUCAUGAUAACUACAAGGUUCAGGAAGGUUCAUAUGGUAGAAGGUGGCCAGGUUCAUAGCCAUUUAGGGCUUUAUAGGUUAUGAAUUGUAGUCUCCCAUCCAAGUAGUCUCCCAUCCAAGGAAUUGGAACUGCUGAAGUACACUGCUCCAAUUCCCAAAUCACUCAGCAUAUCUAGUACAAUUCCAUGGUUGAUGUUUCUGAAAGCUGCUACUGUUGAGAUGUCCAAGUAACCAAGGCAGUUUCUGUGCCUUAAAUCAGCUAUCAUGGAUCUGGAUAAUUUUCAUCCAAGAGUCACUGAAGUUCUACAAGAUAUACCUAUUCAAACACUUUACCCAGGAAUUGAAUAUUGGUGAGCAGCCACUAGUUAUAGUUCUUGGUAUCUAAGGAUGUUUUCUGUUGUGGCUGCCUCUCAAGUACUGUAUCUCCUUCAAGGUGGCCAGGACUGCUUCUUCUUGCAAAGAAGUAUGAUUAUGAGAGAGCAUAAUCGAGCAACCAGCUGGUCAACCACACACUCCACAAAACAACUUGUUGUGGCCCAAAGGUGUAACAAACUAAAACGUGUCCUACAGAAUCAGUGGAACAAUUUGUACACCUCUGUUGUCCAAGUCAAAGUGGAUGUGAGCAGCUAUGUCCUCUUAAGUGCUUUGCUAAUAAGUCACCAUGGGCUACUGAGGGUUCCCUCACAUUGCCCUUAUUUCACAAAUCAUUUGGGAAAGUUCCAUUGAAUGAAAUUGCAAGAUGGUGGAGAAUCAUAGUGUUGGAAGGGACCCCAAGGGUCAUCUGGCCCAACCCCAUGCAGUGCAGGAAUCUUCUUGUCCAAUGGACCUGAACCCACAACCCUAAAACUGAGAGUCUCAUGCUCUACCAACUGAGCUACUUUUUCCUACUGAUGUAUGCACUACUGGCUGAUGGAGGAUGUUUUGUCACCAGCAGUAAAUCUGAAACCAAGCAGCAGACAUGAAUACUCAGGAAGACAAAGAAAACGAGUAUUGACUUCUGAAUAUUGACAGUGGGCUUGCCCAGAAGCCUUUUGUAAACAGAGACUACAAAAGGAACACUAAGAGGUGUACAAAUUGUUCUUGGGUUUUAUAAAAAUAUGCAAAUAGUUAACAUUUUAUACAUUUGAACAACUAAAUCAUCACAUAUUAAAAUUAGGUUUGCUGGCAAGUACAAUGCAGAAGCUAUUGUCUGUUCAUUUUGGAUAUGGGAGGACUAAAGUUAAAUUUCUGCUCGUAUAUGAAGUUCACUGGGUGGCCUUGUACAAAUUGUUCAUAGCCUACAUUCGUUCAUAGCCUACAUUCAGUUCACAGGGAUGUUGUGAGGUUGAUACUGCUCUGAGCUCCUAGAGAAGAAGGGGGAGAUUAGAUAUGAUAUGUCCUAUAAAAUUCUUAGAAUUCUUAAAAGGUGACUUCUAAAAUAGCAUGUAACCUUUAUAUACAGGAGCAGAUUGUUACUAUCAUGAACCAUUUGUGUGUGUGCAAGAAAAGUCUUUUCAUAAAUAUCUGUAAACUAGAUUAUUUUUAUGCUGUUAAUCUGUCUCCAAAUCCAGGGGGUCAGCGUAGAGGCGGUUGAUCCUGUGUUUCAAGCCAAAAUGUUGGAUAUGCUAAAGCAGACUGGAAGGUAAAGAAUUUCUCAAUUCGUUUUUAAAAAAGGAAUACAUCAUGCAUGUCCUAGUUUCCUCUUGGCUCAUUUACUAGUACUGCAGCAGAAGCAAUUGGUUUAGUCUUGUACAGCUAGUACAACAUGUUACGAAAGCCUAAUCAUGGGCUUGCUAUCUUGUGAGACUGCACACAGUAAGAUUGCAUCCAACUCUGCUUUUGGUUGGAACUAUUGCAUACAUUGAAUUAAUAUUCAGCUGACAGCUUCCACUCGUACAAAAUAGACUGUUACCACCCCAACUCUGAUUUUUCAGCUAUGGUGGUCUGUACACCACAGUAAAGGUUACCUGAUAAAAAGGCAUCCAAAUAUUUAAACAAAUUUUGUUACUUCACUUGGGGUCUCUCAACGGUUGUCAUCUGCUUGCUCAAAUUCUUAUGCUGCAGCAGAAACUUCAAAAUUACUGUUAACAAAAGAUUCAACAGCUGAGCAGAACAGUGCAAAUUGCUUUUUGACUGAGUUCCUAGUUCUACUGCUGGUUUAAUUGAUAUUUAAUCUUUUCCCACCGCUUUUUCCUGUCGUCCAUGUCUGAAAUGGACAUUAUGCUGUGAAAAGCCAACUUUUGGUGGCAGUGAGUUCGCAAAGGUAUUUGCUGAAGUGCUGAAAGGGUAAAAACUGCAUUGGGAGAUGUGGUAGGAGAUUGAAAAAGUGAGAGCCUGAUGCUACCAAUGCUAAUAUACAAUCCCUUAAUUGAUUGCACUUCUUUGUCACAUUUUAACGUUUUCACCACAAUCUAGUGAGCAGCGAUUUAAAUGUUUCUAAUGGUACCUUUUCACAUCUCAGGGUUUCAUUUCCUACUGAAAACAUCCAUAUUUCAUUGCAGCUUUUCAUAUUUUGUGAUGAUAAUCUCCAAAUGCCUUCUUUGUUACAGACCUGAAAUGGUUGUUGGCUGGUAUCACAGUCACCCUGGCUUUGGCUGCUGGUUGUCUGGUGUAGAUAUCAAUACUCAGCAGAGUUUUGAAGCCCUGUCCGAAAGAGCUGUAGCUGUAGUGGUGGAUCCCAUUCAGAGUGUGAAAGGAAAGGUAUGUAUUAGUUUCUGUUGCAUACAAAAGUAUGGAUGUGACAAUGUUAAUAAUACCUCAUUAAUGAGAUAUUAUUAACAUUCUCAUAUCCAUACUUCUGUAGAUGGAAAUAGCUCAACUUGGUCCUGUAACUGCUGUCUCUUUUUUUCUUUCCCUCUUUGCUCUUGAAGAGCCCUUCUGUGCUUACGUCGUUUAUGAAUCGCUUACCAUAAAAGAUUUGACAAUAAAGACAUACAUAAAUACAAUUUCAGUCCAACACAGAUGAAAAACUGGGAUAGAAAAUAUCCACUCGAAAGCAUUUUGGAAUAGAAGUUUUCAGAAGGGACGGUAGAGACAAUGCAAUUCUGAUAUGUAAGGAGAGGGCAUUCUAAAGGGUAGGUACCAUCACACUGAAUUGUCCAAUUCCUACAUUGUGCAGAGUGGACCUUCUGAUAAGAUGGCAUCUGAAGGAGACCCUUUCGUGCAGAGUACAGUGAUCAGUUGGGUAUAUAAGGGGUGAGGCAAUCUUCUAGGUAUCCUAUCUUGAGCUGAAUAAGGCUUUCAGCACCAGUACCAGCACCUUGAACCUAUCCCGGUAGCUAAUUGACAGCCAGUGCAAGCCUUUUAGCGGCUGCGUAACAUGGUGGUCAGAUUCUGAACCCAGUGAGCAGUCGAGAUGCUGCAUUUUGUUGAUAGGUAACAUCUCUUUUUUAAAAAUGACACCCUAAGGCUAUAAUCUUAAAUAAGAAUUUUAUAUGAAAUAUAUGAAGUGAAAUUAGAAAGCGGGUCCCAUUGAAACUGCACAGUUUUUCUGAAUAAAUGUGUUUAGAGUCAGAUUAGCAGCUUGCCUGUGAUGUAAGCAUUUGCGAUUUGCUAUUUUAGCGGGGACUUUAUUUAAGGCUUUUUCUUGUAACAAUUGGUUGUGUACAUUUGUAAGCAGCCUUGCUCUUUUAAAUUGAGGCAGAGCUUAAUUUUUUAAAAGAAAGAAAUGAGUUCAAAGCCUGGCAACAUAAAUAAUCUGCCCUAUUAGAUUGAGCUGGAUUCGAUCUUUCAUGGAUAGAAAUAACACUCUUGCUUUAUAGAGCAGGAACACAACACUUUGUGUGUUCCAAACGUUUCGGAAUAAAAACUUUCCCCAAAGACUUUGCAGCCAUUCACGUUUUAGGGUAAGUUUGCAGAUGAAUGAUUAUGUGAAAUCAUUAUGAAAAGAGAUUAACUUGCAAAGCAUAUUGGGUUAUAGUUUGUCCUUUGUUGAAAUCUCUUUUGUUCUUGUUUGGUUCUUUCUUUUUUUUAUUUCUUUCUAGCCCCAUAUGCCAUUUUCCUAUUUCCUGCCUCAUGACAGCAGGGAGCAGCUCUAUUAUCACCUUCACAGAGCUGUCUGCAAAUGUGAGAGGCAAUUCGAUUUUGCUCAGCCACAGGGAGAGUGGAUUAGAAAAACUUCAGAACAUACAGAAAUUGGCUAGUUGGUUACUGCUUUAAAAUACUGCUGAGGUGUUUUGUUUGAGCAUGCUUUUCUAUUGUAUUGCAGAAUAGUCAUUAAAUUAAUAGUAUGUAUGGCAUUUAUACAGUUUUAUAAAUAUUUUAAGUAUUUAAGUCUUGUGUUAAUGGUUUGGGGAUAGUAAUGCAGGUGAGCAGCUAAUAUUGCUGCUGUAGUUGUGAUGAGAUGUCAACUUGCAUGCGUAUUAUAAUAACAUAAUAAUUGUUGUUUGUUGUUAACUUUCAUUUUGAAAAGCCAAGAAUGUUGGUACAAGUGUGUUGAUUUAACCAAACAAAAAGGAAUUAAAAAAAAUAUAAGACUCAAGCAAGUAUCUGAAGUGCAGGAUAUUAUUCAGGCAUAUCUAGAGCUGAAAUACUUUCAGAGAUUCUGAGAAGAAGCACUUUGUGCAUUGUUUUUGGUGCUAGUCUUCAGUUUGCCUUCAAGAUCUCUCUUUUGAUACUAAGUAUUGUACCAUUGUUUUGCGUUGUUUCAGAAUAUCUAUAGCUUCCGUUAUUAUUUUUGCCCAUUUAGUAUCGCUUUCUGUAGUAAACAUUGAUAACAUGUAUAAAAAGUUACUUAGUCUGGUUCACCACAUGUUUAAUCGACAACUUUGGAAUGAAUAGAAGAGGAAGUAGAGUUUCUUAAUUCUAAUAAAUACCUACAUAGCCCUUGGACAUGAUGGGUCUGUUAAUGAAACUUUCCAGUUCUGAAGCUUUCCUGGCUGCUGCUAGGCAUUAUGAAGCCUCUAAACUGUAUCCACAGCCAUUUCCUUUCUUCCGCUAAAUAUUUCACUUGUAUCUAUCUCUGCUGAGACCUGUAAGCCACAUCUCAUCUUGCAUUUGUUGUGGGAUGGGAUUGAGAUGUAGGGGCCUGCAAUGAAUCAAGCACAGAGCAUGAUGUUGGAAUAAGCUCUUGUACUCCUCCAUACCACUUACUGGAAAUUUUGGGAGGGUAGAAUGGUGUUGCCUGAGAAGGCUUCCUCAACCCUUCAAGAGGCCUGGAUUCUUUGGAAGAUGGGGGAAUUGAUUCACAGGUAUUCUCGCUGCCAAAUCUCAUAGGGAAUUACCUUAAUAUAUUGCAGCAAUUAGGAGAGAGGACUAUCUCAAGUCUUCCUAGUUGCUAAUGUAUGCAUGAAAAAAAGGAAGUGGGAUUAGUGCUCUACUCUUCCCACACUCUGCUCCCCUUAUUUUGUUGAGCUAAACUUGUAACUGAUCAAACGUGUGUCCAGAUAAAUGACCUGCUGUGUGCGCGCUAGUAGAUCAUUUAAAAAUAGGUAGAACCAGAUCUGGCCAUGAAAUGGCCAUGAACGUAACAAGCCAAAAUCAAUUAGGGAAAAUUAACUUAGUUGAUUUCACCGCAUAAAAUGAUUAUCUGAAGUGGACUUAAUGUCUAUACCUUCUUGGGGUUUUGUUUUUUGUUGUUUGUGAAGGGGCCAUGGCUCAGUGGUAGAACAUCUGCUUUGCAUGCAGAAGGUGCCAGGUUCAAUUCCUGGCAUCUCCAGGUGGGGCUGGGAAAGAUUCUAUCUGAAACCUUGGAGAGCCACUGCUGGUCAAGGUAGACAGUGCUGAGCGACCUGGACCAGUGGCCUGACUCUGUUUAAGGCAGCUACAUGUGUCCUUAUUAUCUGCUUAUCCACUCUGAUGUAAGGAAGAGAUUGAUGGAGAUGAAGCUUCAUUUUAUCUCGCUGUAGAAACUAUUGUACUUAUCCCAGGCCAUAGCGAAUCCACCUCCUAAGCAGUAGCUAAUAGAUGUAAUUUGUUGGAAGCAAGCAAUCUGCCAAAGAAUAACUGCACCUACCUAUGAUGUAACACGGUGACAAAAUGACACAAUGAGUGUAAAACCCCAUACGGGGGUGCUUGCCACAAGUUCAGGUGCCCCAUUAACCUCAGUCUGCCAUAUCAUUUUCUGUAUGUUCUGUUUUCCACCCCAGCAGCUACUCUCACUUUAGAAUCUGUAGUUCCUUUGUUCUUGGUUUGUUGUGAAUUAUUAUAAAGAGAGAAAAUUGGAUACAUUUGAAAGUGCUUGUGCAUGGCGAGGUAUAGUAAGUAAAAUUACAACAUUCCUUUUGCAAAUUGAUGGUGGCUCCCCUCCCCUUGUUUUUCGUAGGGUACUUUGAAGAGGUGAGCACCAUGAGACCAGUUUCCCCCCAGAGCAUCUUAUUUGCUUAAACCUCACAUACAUUUUUCCACACAAUAUGAGGCAUCACAUCUUUACUGUUCUUUUAUUUUAAUGUUGGUUUCUUCCUGCAGUUUUUAUCUUCAGCUUGCUUUGUUCAUUUGUUAGACAGUUUUUUAAAAAUACUGUAUUAGGUGUCCUGUUUCGUCAAAGAACCCAAAGGGAUCAAUUUUUAAAUCAUUUUUUUAAUGUGCACAUUAAAAGAACAACAAAAAAACUGAAACCCCAAUGAAAUAUUGAGAUUGAACAUCCCCACUCUUUCUUUCAAUCACCAAAUGUACGCUAGUAGUAAAAACCCCAGCUUGAGCAUGUUAGCUCACUGACAGAAAGUGCAGUGCUUUCAUUCAGGACCGGUGGCACAUGGUCUCGUCAGGUUGCCCCACUUACCCAACCUAGCAGGUGCAUUCUGCACUAGCUGCUGUCUCCAGACCAUCCACAAGUGCACUACAAUAGUCCAUGCAGAAGGUCACCGGACGUGGACAGUUGAGGCCAGGCUAUUCUAGUCCAGGAACUGCUGUAGCUGGCGAACCAGCCUAAGCUGGGCAUAAGCACUCCUAGCCCCAGAAGCCACUUGAGACUCAAGUGGUAGGUUAGAAUCUAGGAGUACUCCUAGGCCUUAAUAUAUUGCAGCAAUUAAGGCAAUAUAUUGCCUUAAUAUAUGUUUUUUUCAGGGGGAGUGAAACCCCACCCCAGAAGAGGUCAUCCACCUAAUUCCCAGGCACAGGAACCUCCCACCCACACUGACCCUGUCUUACCAGGAUUCAGCUUUAGGUUUACUCACCCCCAUCCAGCUUUCAGACACCAGUCCAGCACUUGCAUAGCCAUUCCUUAUUCAGAUGCAGUGGAGAGAGAGAGAGCUGUAUGCCAUCAUCAUUACUGAAUAGCAAGAGAAGGAAUAGACCCUUGCAAAAGACCACAGCUCAAAAGCCACAGAGCCAAGCAACAGUCUACCAGUAUUACUUUCUAGUAAGGGCCCUAUGGAUAGGAGCAGAACCAUCUUAAUACAGCAUCUCCAGUAACCUCCCCCCGCCCCCAAGUAAUAUAAGAAUGUCAGUGGUGUUAAAAGCUGUUGAGAAGUCAAAGAGAAGUAACAGUCACCCUGCCCUGCCUCUCUCUAUAGAGAUCAUCAGUCAGGUCAACCAAGGCUGUUUUGGUUAUAAAACUUGGUCUGAAACCUGCAGUGGCUUCGUGAUCACCUGGAUGGUAGAUUUCUGACACACACAGGGACUUGUAACUGCCCACUUCAUCCUCAGCAAACCAAGGAGCAUUGCAGGUUCCCUUGGCCAGAUUGUGUGCUUACAAGUGACCAUGUAAAUAGUGGUUAUCUGUUGUGCUCAGAGUGCAAACUACCUGUAUGCAAAGGGGUUGGAUCACUUGUAGACAGCAAAUAAUAAUAAUAGUAAAUAAUAAUAACAACAACAACAACAACAACAACAACAACAAUAUACUUACACCCCGCCCAACUGGCUAGGUUUCCCCAGCCACUGGGCAGCUCCCAACAGAAUAUUAAACAGAAUAAAACAUUAAAAACUUCCCUAAACAGGGCUGCCUUCAGAUGUCUUCUAAAAGUCAGAUAGUUGUUUAUUUACUUGACAUCUGAUGGGAGGGCGUUCCACAGGGCGGGCGCCACUACCGAGAAGGCCCUCUGCCUGGUUCCCUGUAACUUUGCUUCUCACAGUGAGGGAACCGCCAGAAGGCCCUCGGCGAUGGACCUCAGUGUCCAGGCUGAACAAUGCGGGUGGAGACGCUCCUUCAGGUAUGCUGGACCGAGGCCGUUUAGAGCUUUAAAGGUCAGCACCAACACUUUGAAUUGUGCUCAGAAGCAUACUGGGAGCCAAUGUUGGUCUUUCAGGCCCGGUGUUAUAUGGUCUCGGCGGCCACUCCCAGUCACCAGUCUAGCUGCUGCAUUCUGCAUUGGUUGCAGUUGCUGGGUCACCUUCAAAGGUAGCCCCACAUAGAGCGCAUUGCAGUAGUCCAAGCGGGAGAUAACUAGAGCAUGCACCACUCUGGCGAGACAGUCCGCAGGCAGGUACGGUCUCAGCCUGCGUACCAGAUGGAGCUGGUAGACAGCCGCCCUGCACACAGAAGGGAUUGAUCCACUUGUAGAUAGCUUCAACCUUUACUCCGAAACACCUCCCCAUCUCUUACUCAGUGAACCUUUCUAUCCACAAGUGGGUCAUCUCAUUCAGAACCCAAAUGCAAUCCAGACUCACCCUGGUGUACCUUUACCUUCUAUUGUUAAGGGGGUCUUUAUCACAUGGCAGGGGUCCAGACUCCCAUGUAACACCCCCCCCCCCAGUGCCUCCCCUUCAGAAUUACCCCAGUAGACUGGCCCAUUCCUUUCUUUAUUUGUCCCAACCCAGAUAGCAGUUGCUGGGAACUAGGACCAGGUGGUUCCCCCCCACCCCCCCGACAGACUUUUCUUUUUAUUUCAAGCAGUCCAGGCAGCAAUGGCUGCUUUGGGGGAGCAGAGAUGGGUGUCGCUUGCAGCUGCCUCUCAUUUGAUCGCCACAUGCUCCCUGCUGUCCUCUCCUCCUGCAUCUUCAGAAUGUUGGCCCCAUAUACAUGAUGCUGUUACUGCACUUUGGGCCUUGAUCCACUUAGCUAUAGAGGUAAUUGUACAAGACAUAGAGAGGGGUGAGGGAAAGACUUAAUGGGAUGGCAACAUACAGAGAAACAUUCUUGUGCUGUCGUAGGAAAUGACACCUCCUUUUUUUCAUCCAAGUGCUGACUCAUGGGCGAACCAUGAUUGAAAGCUGAAUAUGGGUGAGCCCUCCGAAUCAAAAUCCUGAGCUGAAGAACUAACAAUGGCUGGCAAAUCUUGUACUCUGUGGGAGGUUUGGACUCCCACCAUAAAUAGUUCCCUCCUCCGGUUGGUUGUCAUGGAGUGAUUUUGGUUCUGCAUCUACUGCUAGCGCUGGCCAGGUAUUCUUACAAUGAGUUCCAUCUGUUGAAAGGGCUGUGUCCUUGUGAGCUAGAUAGGACCCGGCCACUGCAAUCCAUUCUGCCUUCAGUUUGUACAGAUGGGGCAGCCCACCUCUUGCUUGGCAAGGCAACUAGGUGCACUUUAUGUCACUGCUACAAAAUUUCCAUUGGAUCCCUAAAUGUUGCCAUAGCAAAAGUCAAAGGGCAGAUUCUAGUUUCAGAAAGCCAUGAGCAGUGUGCUGUAGAAGCAAGAGCCCUUCCCCACAAUUCCCGCCCUCUUCCCUGGCAUCAACCUAGAGUGCCUUCAAAACACUGCCAUCUUUGUGCCAAGUUCCAGUUGCAGAGGGUGCGCAGGUAAGUGAUCUUGUUUGCUGUUCCCUGGUUAUGGAACUGACUUCCUGUAAUCCAGCGCCUGAGGAUCUUCCAGAAAUAGCUAAGGUUGUCUUUUGAUGGCUACAGUUCAGUCAGAGGGCAUUAUCAGCUUCACUGUUAUUACUUGUAGCAGAACAUAAUUUAUAGCAGUGUUUGCCACAGUGCAGUAAGUUGUUCCUGUGUGGAGGCAGGGAAGAAGCAAUAGUGGGUUUAGGAAAGUAGCCUUUCCGGGGGCCUGUGCCAAGGCUUGAAGCACAGAGCUAUGGUGCUGCAGACAGUUUUGCCUGAAAGCAGCCAUCAUGGGUCACCACUGUGCACUCUGAACCAUUCAACUAGUGCUGCCCCCUCUUUUAUUUUUGCGUUUUCUGCUCCCCCCCCCCACCGCUGCUUCCUCUUUCCCACUGUUCCCUGCUAGUGGUUUCUGAUCUCUUCAGUGCACUGUACCUGACCCUAUAGUUGUUUCCUUUUGCUCUCAAAUGAUGCCGCAGGGCUAUCUUUCCCCUAUCUCACAGUACAUUUGCUAAUACUUCUAAAUCCUGCUUUCCUGUCAUAUUUUGUGCUUUUUCAGGUUCUAGUUUUUAAAAGAGUUUUUGUUUGUUUGUUUGUUUGUUUAAAAUUGUGUCUGCUAUAUUGUAGCAUGCAAUAAGUUUCUUCAUGAUGUAAUUUGUUUUGGUGAGAUUGUUGUAGAUUCAUCCAUAGUGCUUUCCUGUAUGUAAAUUGCUUCACAGCUUAGGAGUGUUUACAUGCAGAGUGUUAAUCUAUACACUGAAUAGUGCCCUUUCUUAAGCAUUUUAUUCUUACCUGUCUUCUGUCUAACUGGCUUAUUUGGACAAAUACACAGAGCUUAGUGAAUUGGUUGAGAGAAAUGCCAACAAAAUCAAGAAAACUUAAUGUUGAUUUCUCUGGCCUUUCUGCAUUACUGUGGGCUGUGUGACUGACACAUUCAGAUCUUCUGUAAUGCAAGAAGUUGACUUUGGCACAGAUCUUUGGCUGCUUCUAAAUGCAACUUCAGUUCUGUCAAGUUGACAACUUGGAUCUGAAGCCUAACUCGUAAGCUCUCUUUUCAGUCAUAUCACAAAUCCUCAACUCUAGUACUGACUCCAAUGUCUCGCUUUUCCCCACCCUCCAUUAUAUUUCAGAGUGUUUUUAAGGAAGGAGUACAAAGCUUGCCAAAGACAUUAGUCUUUGUAAUAUCAGCAUGCUAGACUACCAUCUUUGAGCAGUUAUAUAGAUUGUAUGCUUAAGGCACAUUUCUGACAUACAUUAAAGCUAAUUUCAGUAAUACAGCAACUUACGUCUGAACAUUUUUCUCUCUUAACCUCACAAAUCUUAAACACAUGAGUAGGUAACGGUAAAAUUAGCCCUUGGAAACACUUCCAGAAAUGAGCAGUUGCUCUCACCAGAUUGAGUGGUUUUAAUGCCACUCUAUUCUGCCAUGGUCAGACCACACUUGAAGAACUGUGUCCAGUUCUAGGUGCCAGAGUUUAAGAAGGAUGUUGACAAACUGGGACAUGUGCUGCAGAGGAGGGCAACAAAGUUGAUCAAGGGAUUGGAAGCAAAGCCUUAUGAGGAAUGGUUGAAGGAUCUGGGUAUGUUGAGCCUGGAAGAGAGGAGACAGGAGAUAUGAUAGCCAUCUUCAAAUAUCAUAAGGGCUGCCACAUGGAAGAUGGAGCAAGCUUAUUUUCUCAGGCUUAGGAGAGUAGGACCCAAAGCAAUGGAUUCUGACUAAACAUCAGGAAGAACUUUCUGACAGUAAGAGCUGUUCGGCAGUGGAAUGGACUCCCUUGGGAGGUUAUGGACUCUCCUUCCUCGGAGGUUUUUAAGCAGAGGUUGGAUGCCCAUCUGUCAUGGAUGCUUUAGUUGAGAUUCCUGUAUUGCAGGGAUUUGGACUAGAUGACCCUCUAGGUCCCUUUCAACUCUACAAUUCUAUGAUUCUGUGGCAUAGAAGCUGAUACAAGUUGUGAUGCUAGUUCACCUUGCACAUGAAACAAUGUAUAUUGUGUGUGUGUGUAUUGUGAAAUACACAUGCACAAGUGACGUAACCUAAAUGUUAGCUUUGACGAGAUAUUCUCAGCUAGAUUACUGUUUCUCCCAGAACUCCAUUCAGGUGAUCCAUGGAAAGGUUUUGGAAUCGUCAAGAAUUUCUGACUCCAGCUCUGCACUUGAUAGAUUCUCUCCCCUGCCCCACAGAUGAUGGAUAAUCAAGACUGUUUUGAUUAGGGCUGGAUUAUCGAACAGGCUAACAAGGCCCUAGCGUGGACCUAAGAUUUUCAUAAUAUGGUGUUGGUGCAGCCUAUUAAUUUUUCCCUUUGAAAAAUCAGUUAAAGUGGCCUUUCUCAGCAUCCUGGCUUAGGGCCUGUGGUUUUCAUAAUAUGGCCUUGGUAUUGAUACUGAUACUGACACUGAAGAGAUAAGCUCAUUUUAUUAAGUGGUCAGCAGAGACCCUAGCAAUUUUAAAGUCGUCCAUAGAGGGGGGAAAUUAGAACUGCUGGCUUAUGCCUUGUUAGAAAGUGCCAGCUUCACAAACCUUGUUUAUGAUAAUAAACCUCAGACAUGUACCAAGGGCAUUUGCACAAUUUACAGAACUACAUCUAACAAGUGGCUUAAUUCAAGUGAUCAAACCAUAGUUUGGAGGAUCACGAAUAAGCCAUGGAUUCACACAUAGGCUCCUCACCCCAUCCCAUAUGACGUGUGGCUUUCCCCCCCUGUUUAGUACAGUCCAUAUUUCUCCACGUUCUGAAUAUGCAAAGUUUGGGAAUCAGUUUCAGAAAUCUGUUGGCGUGUUUCUGAUUCUCCUUUUGGAAGGCAAGCACUUAUCAGUUAGCUAAUUCAGACAUUGUGACAAACUUUGGUUAGUGCUAAGUAGGUAAUGGGGGAAACCAUACGUGAGUAGACUGGGAAAAGGGGAAGGGAAGUCUUGUGUGAUUAGGAGGGGAAUGAGGAAGUGCAUGCAACUGGGGCUCAUUUAUGUUCCUCCAAACAGUGAUUCCAUGGUUUGGUCGAUCAUCUUAGUAGUCUCAAUGUGGGUUUCCUAAACUGACCAUUAGUAGCAAAUUGCAUUCCAGUACCAGUUUUAUCUUCUGUCCUGUUAACUUUUAACGUAUGUAUAAUGCACAUCUAAGAAUUUUUAAAGGUUUUUUUAUUUCAUCUUUUAGUAUGUGAAGAUGAGAUGUGUGUUUGUCUUCUAGGAGCUGAAAAAGAAAUAUCUUACUUAACAAAUGCAAUUUUUGUAUGCUGAAUAGUUUACUUUUAUGCAGUGGUACUCAAUUAGUGCUGUGCUUUAGAUAAGACGGUAGUGCUAGCUUACUUAAAUUCGAAGGGUUAUUUCAGUUUAUUUCCCUGUCCUAAACCAAAAAGUUCCAAGUAGACUUUUUGUUUAAAAGUAUUAAUUUUUAAAUGCCUUUUACCAUGGUGGAUGUAGAAUAAUCCAUCUAUCUUCAUUAAGGCAAAUAGCCUUGAAACUUGCGGUUUUUCUGUUUGUGGCUUAGAGAUGCAUGCCUUUGCUUGUCAAGAUAAAUGUAUUAUUCUGUAGCUGUCUCCCCUCUCAGUAUGGGUAUUCAGGUUGCAUAGUAGACCUGACCCAAAGCAAACAAAUUCUCCAAGGAUAAAGAAUAAAAUGUGCAUACUCCUAGGAAUCUCUUUUCCAGAGCUAAAAUUGACAUUUUUAUAAAUAAUUUCCAUGUAGCAGACCUCAAACUCACAAUCACAGCAAUUCAGUGAUAUGCAUUUGGCAUGAGUCAGUUUCUGUUCUUAGUGCUUUUCAUUGGAAAUGGCAUAAAAAGUAAGAUUUCUCUGAAUUUUUUAUGCUGUGGGCUUACAGGGGACCAAAGAUGUUCUUCAGUUGUGGUUGUCUGAGUGUGCAUGGCAGCAUAAAUAACGAAGUGGUCAUAAACCUCAGCUGCGCUUCAAGGGUCAUGUGUUCCAUUUAAUUUUUAAAGAAUUUAGAAACCAACUAAGCAGUUGAUAACAGGUCAGUUGCAGGUGAUAAAAGAGAUUUUAGAUGGGACAUUACUUCUUCUGCACCUAGCAUAGCUACAUUAUAUCCUUUGCAAAGAAUUUCUUAUGCAUUAUUAUGUUUCUUCAUAAAACUGUGGCAUGAACAAUAGCUAGAUGACUGAAUUGCAACACAAUACAUUUUUGAAAGAGCUUCUGUAUGUCGUAGGGUUUAGUGGGGGGUUGUUGGGUUUUUUGCUGGAAAUAUAUGCCAGAAAUAGCUUCUUUUCUGAGUAACUGAACUGAAUUAACUGAUUGCAGUUAAUCACCUUAGAUGUUAAAUCUGUAUUUGUAGCAUGCCCUCCCCGUGAAAUGUUGUUACCUCUGAUUGUGUAUAGAUAUUUUUAAAAGUUUUUUUAUUUUUUAAAAAAUACCUUCAAGUAUAUAAACACUUGUAAAAGCUAUAAUUCCACUGGAAGGUCUUGGAUUCUUAAAAACACAACAAUAUAUUAGAAAAUAGAUUUUAAAAAGUAGUAAAAAUAUUCCCUUUACUGGUCUAUAAUUAAUCAUAUUGAAAGAACUUAUUAGGAUGAUAGCUUGUUAAAUGGAUUAUUUCAUGAUUUGGAUAAAAUGUGUAUAGAUGGAAAUUCAGUUGAAUGCUAGAUUUUGACAAAACAAGCAGUAUCAUGGACCUUUGAUCAGAGGACAGCCGUUGAUACAAAUAUGGAAUGUAGCUGUUUUUCAUAAAAUUUUAAAACCAACACAGAUGUAUACAUAGGUACAGUUUUUAAUUUGUAUUGGCAGCUUCAAAAUAUUUAGUAUCUAUUUCUAAACAUUGCAGUUACUAAACAUGGUACUGAAUUCCAUGCAUCCCACAAACUAAUUAUAUUUGCAAGGUCAGAAUGAAUACACAUAUUCAGAAAAAAAUAUAAGGUUAUAUAAAUGUGUCUUCUACUUGGCUGUUAUAUCACAGUUUGUUGAUCUGGAGUAUAAUGUGUACAAUUCACAAAUUUGUCUGAUAACAGAAAGUGGUGUGUGAUUGUGUUUAUUUUACUAACCAGUAUAUUCACAGCAAUCACUUCCAAAUAUCUCUCCAGUAAAGAUGUGUUAAUUACAAAACAGACAAGGUCUUCUAUUAUAUUAAAGCUACUAACAAGAAGACAGCAGGAAUCACACAUGUAAAUAGCAUCAUCAACCCCUAUUUUAGUCCUCUGUUUUGAUCUGUGAGUUGCGCAUAGACCAAAGGUGCUAUUAAAGACUCACUGUAUGAAAUAGGCAGCAUUAUAUGAACAAAAUUUAUUCAACAAGAAAACAGACCUUUAACAUGAAUUUAACAAGCCUGAGAAAUUAUAAACUAUCAUAUGCUGCAGAUUCAUGCAGUGAUAAUAAACAAAAAAAAAGGAAAGGAAGAGGUUUCCUUAAGCUAGCCAAACCGCUAAUGGUUUUGUUAUAAGCUGUCUACUGUUGAAGUGACCUCUGCAAAGUCUCAAGGCACUUGCACUAGGCAGGAUUAAAUCGUCCAGUUGGUGAAAAGAAUUGCUGUAUAGGACAACAUGUAAUAACAAAAAGCCACCUUGAUCUGUAUACUUUUUUUUCCACUUUGCUGUUACACAGAGCUCUUUAUUCCCCCUUCUUAGGGAGAGGUAAUUGUCAUGUAAGCCUUUAGGCUGCAUUUUAAUGCAAUUAUGCAUUGUCAUGGUCAGAAGAAAUUUAGAGGUCUAAAGAACUCUCAAGUCCUUGCAAAAACGGAAGUGAUAUAUCAAUUUAUUUCCUCUUGAAUUGACCCUUGUGAUAUUGGCGUUCCAACUACUGUGUCCACAAAGUUUCCGCUGCUAAAUUUAAGGUGACUGCACUGCUGUCACCGCAUCACAAUGAAAUUCAAAGUACACAAACCUAAAGAAGGCUUGAGCUACUGCAUAUAUCGCAAGUGCUCACCAGGGCUUUAUCCCUGAAUCUUACUGUAGCAUAAUUAACACCUCCUUCAUCCACUGCUCAUUAGUGCACUGGACAUUAAUGAGCCUAUUUAUUUUGAUACGAUUAUCUAAAGAAGGGACUCGUUUGUUCUUGCUGCGCAAAAAAGCAAUUAUAAGAUUGCAUAGAAAUCAAAAUGUAGGGUGUGUUGCUGCAUUUAUGCUUUUUUAUUGCAUCCCAGAUCUAAUUUUAGGUUGCAGGUUGUUGAGCAUGUUAGUUUUCCUUAAGACAGUUGCUAUAGUGAUCACAGUGAAUUCCUUUAAUCUUGGUGUAGUUAAAAUAUUCUUUUUCUCAUUGGUUGUAAUGAUGCUGUUAAGUAGAAGCAAAAUGUCACUCAAGUCAUAUUUUUGUCCAGUAGUUUAUUAGAAAUGACUUUCUUAAUUCCAAAUCAGAUGCCCUUAUGCAAUUGCUGUGCCUAGGCAUAAAAGCCAGUACAGUGGUACCUCGGGUUAAGAACUUAAUUCAUUCCGGAGGUCCUUUCUUAACCUGAAACUGUUCUUAACCUGAGGCAUGCUUUCGCUAAUGGGGCCUCCUGCUGCCGCUGCGCCGCUGGCGUGCGAUUUCCGUUCUUAUCCUGGGGAAAGUUCUUAACCUGGAGCAACUGCUUCCUGCUUAGCAGAGUUUGUAACCCGAAGCAUCUGUAACCCAGGGUACCACUGUAUAAUUUUCUCCAGGGACAUAUAUCUGAGCACUGAUCAACAGCACAGUCAAAUAGGCAGACCACUGGUGAUUAUCAGAGACAUAGAAUUGCCUCUGUUCGAGGAGCAGCAAGGAAAUUGAUUUGAAACAAAGCUAUUGGAUGAAUGUCCAGGGUUCCCAAAGCGUUUGUGCUUGUAUAGUUCCACCACAAACCACUAGAUGGCUAAAGGCAUUUCCAUAAACGUUACCCAAAUAUGACCUUGUAAAAAUGGGCCGCUGUAAUCAUAACACAGUUGUAAAACCUGAUGCUUGGCCAUUGAUUCAGCAUCGUUUGCAGCAAGCGAUUUUGAAAAGUGCAUAUGGAGCUCAAAUACAAGUAGAAGCAAUUUUGUUAGAAAACGCCAUUGCAGUCUUGGAUGGCUUCCAUGUUUUCUAGUGGAGCAGUCAGAAUCCAUUCUAGGAGUGUAAGUGUUAGUACUCUAAAAUAUGAAGCACCUUUUGAAUCUGAUACACUGCCAAGUAAUUGUAUCUUUAUCCUCAGUGUAAAUUCUUUAUUUGUGUUGUUUCCUAUCAAGUAAGCCUCUAGAGGACUGCAGUGUAGAAUAUUUAGUUAUGUUUUUACUUACUUUUUAUUUAUACUCCCUUUUUUGCUGUGGUUGGGCAUUUGCAGGUGUUCAUAAAUUAAAACAUCUGGUUCAAAUGCUGCUUCAAGAGUUUGGGAAACUGAUAAGAAACCAACGUUACAUAAAAAAUACUAGAUUUAUAACUGAAAUUUAAAAGCUGGCGCCGAUCUCUAAAAUACUAAGCUUUUGUAGUUGCUGUAACGGUGUCAUACAGUUGCCUCAAUCUAGGAAGGGAAAUCUAGGCAUGGGAAUGACUUUUCACAGGGAAAUCAUCUUUCCAUCAUUUUUCUACUGCAUGCAUAACAGGGACACGGGUACCAGCAACUGCUACACACACACACACACACACACACACACACACACAAUUUAUCAGAGGGGUACAUGGCCAGUGUCUCCACAGUGUCAGCUGUGACUUUAUUUCCUUCCUUGUCAGUUGAUCAGCUCUGAUAGUACAGGAGAUAAGAGCUGGAAAAGGAAUAGUGUCUGAGAAGCAACAGCCACAAGGCUGUUGCGGUGGUGGGUUGUUUAAUUUAUGACCCAUCCUUCACCAUAAGACACAAGUGGGUUACAACCAUUUAAAAUACAGUGUUAAAAACAGUUUUAAACCAUUAGUCACAAGGAUAGAGUGGGUCCUAAAUAUAAAUAUACAGUGGUACCUCGCGUUACAUACGCUUCAGGUUACAUACGCUUCAGGUUACAGACUCCGCUAACCCAGAAAUAGUACCUCGGGUUAAGAACUUUGCCUCAGAAUGAGAACAGAAAUUGUGCGGCGCCUGCACGCCAGCAGCAGGAGGCCCCCAUUAGCUGAAGUGGUCUUCAGGUUAAGAACAGUUUCAGGUUAAGAACGGACCUCCGGAACGAAUUAAGUACUUAACUUAAUUUUGGGUGUCAAAGGCCAGGAUAAGAGGUACAUUUUUUGCAUACAUUGGAAACUGUAUAGUGAAAUUGCCAGAUGUACCUCUGUGGGGAGGGAAUUCCACAACUUAGGGGCUAAUACUGAAAAUGCCCCCUCCUGGGCUGUUAAGCACCCCACCCCACCCUGGGUCCCAACCUCUUGGUACAUAUGCGCUUGGGGUUUUCUUAUCAGGAUUAUACAAAGCAUCAAGCCACCUCUUACAUACUCUCAUUUCUUUCUUCUCUUUUUAGUUGCUUCUGUUAGGAAGCACACAGUAUAUGCAUAUAUUUGGAUCUCACUGUCUGGAAAUCUAAAGUAACUUUUUAACCCGGGUGGGGAACCCAUCAAGUAAACGACAAUGUUAGGUUAAAAUUAUGUAUUUAAUUAGGCCAGAUAAUCAUAAGGAUAGAAGGAAUGUGCAGGUAUCUCUGCCCCCCUCCGAAACCCCACCAAAUAUUUUUGCCUUCAGUUACAUCUUACAUUGGACAACUUCAGUUACUCUGUGGUACUAAUGUGCAAAUAAUAGUUCUUUUUUGCAGACUACCCAAAAGAAAUGGCGUGGUGCUAAGCUAUUGGGCUUGGGGUGCAGGAUAGUGCUAACCCCUUUCAAGAAGCAGCAGGGGGCUGAGCAUGGUGUAAAUCUACCUACUAACUCCUGAGUUUUCAUUCAUUUAAUGCAAGUUCUAAAAAAAAUGUAAGACACCUUUGUCCCAUACUGUUUGGGGACUUUUUCUUAUAGAACUAAUUCCCCAAACUUUAUACUUUUGAUGGUUUGCUGUUUGUAUAAGGACACAGGUAGUUGCCUAAAUCUGAGUCACAUCAAAGAUCCAUCUAAUUUAAUAUUGUCGACACAGACCUGCAGUGGCCCAGGGUUUCAGGCAGUUUUUUGUAGUCUUACCUAGAGAUGCCAAGGAUUGAAUCUGGGACCCUUUGCCUACAAACUGGUGUUCUGCCAGUGAGCUACAGAUGUCCCCUUUUGAGUUAAUAUCAGCCAACAGGGUUGUCACCCUUUGUAAGUCCUCCAGCAACCACAUUAAGCUAUGCAGGUUGCGAGCUGAAAUGUGGGAGAAGGGUUCUUCAGCGUCUCUUUUUCUCUAACUUCAUGAUGAUGAGAACUUUGUUAAUUAGACAGGACUUAAACAUUUGAUGUGUCAUUCAUUAGCAAGUGCUUAAAAAAACUUUGGUUCAGGAGUACAAUUUAUGCUUUUAAUUUUCUGAACAAUAGAAUCUAUAGUUGAUGCUUACAGUGCAGUAGGAAAAUUCCUAUUUGUAGCUGUGUUUGUUACUCAUUGGCCUUAUGGCAGUGCUUACAAUGAAGAAUGACUUGCAUCACAUAAUAUUCCAACAAUAUACUCUUGCAUUUGUUAUUUCUCUCUUCUGCCAUGUAGGCAUAAAGGAUAUGUAAUCACCCAAAAGUUGUUUGUUCCACCCUCUGAUCCAAACAGUUUAAACUCUUGUUUGCUGCCCUUUGGUACCCAGCUGAAGAGCAGAACCGAACAGCUUCUGUAGCUUGGGGAUUGAAAGAAGAUAACCUCUGGAUUUGUUUUGCUGACCUCUGGAUUUCUUUUUAGCUCUACUUAUUUCAGUUCUGUGGGGUCUCAUUGGUAAUUCUAACCUUUGAAUCAUUGAUUCUCCUUAGUCCAUGCAGCUUUCCUACAUUUUGGGAGGCCUCUUAGGAAUGAAUCCUGGCUGCCUCUCUCCUGUGCUCUUAAUGUUUGCUUGGAGUCAUAGUCUGAUUCAAGCGCUGCUUCCACACAGAAAACAUUUGCAUUAGGAAGAAGCCUAAAAACUUUUGAGUGGUUCCUCAUCCUGUGAUCUCAUGCACAUCCUAUUUAACUUGCCACUGGCAUUCCCCUAGUGGAGAUGUGUGGUUGUGUGUUGAUGCACUUGUCUGUUGGUAUCAUUUCCUAAGGCUCAGUGUGGGUUUUUGCCAUGCUAUUCCUACAAAAUUGUAAAGCUGCAAUAUGCUCCUUUCCUUCAACAAGCUUUGCACAUUCCUAGUAAAUAAUCCUGCAAAAUAGGCUACUGUUAUUAUCCUCUUACCAUGGAUGGAGAGCUGAGAAUGUAGCUGGUAGUUGAGGUGAGAUAAACUGGGAGUUUUAGACUCUCAGCUCACACUACACUACACCGAUUCUCUUUGCUUUGAGAAAAAGGACAGUUGGAUCACUGCUAAGCAAAUCAGCUUGAAGGACUGAGGGCUAAAUUGAAAAACAACUUGUCUCUAGCAUUGUAGUCCUUUGUGUUGGUUGCCCCACAUCAGAAUUUGCAGUGUCUGUUUUCGACCCACCGGGUCCUUUCCGAAGACUCCAUAAGCAAAAUCAAGAGUCGCCUUUAUGGCUAUGGUUUGAGAGCUCUUCAGGAUUAAACAAAAAUAAGUAAAUAACAAAACAAAAACACCACCCCGAAAGUUGCCCACUGUAUAUUUACAGUUGUAAGUGACCUUGAUUUUUGUUCCCUUCCCUUUUUUGGUUUUGCUUGGUUUUGCUCCUGGCCAUGACACUGACAAGGUCGUCAUAAUCCAUCCGACAGUUUAUAGCCUCUUUCCUACUUGCAGGGAGUAAAAAGCAUCUGACUAGAAGGGAAUACAUGGGGAAAGUUCCUUGCUGACUAUAAUUUUGUUGUCAUUUCAAGUAUUCCAGUGGUAUAAUUGAUGUGACAGGACUGGGCUUUAAACAUGGUCCCUUAGCUUGUGCUCACUUUCAGAUUUAGUUUCCCUGUCAUUCAAUUUGACUAGGUAAGAUGUAGGUGACAAACAUGUUUUUAAAGUUACUGUGUGUGUGUGUGUGUGUGUGUGUGUGUGUGUGUGUAAACUUAAGCCAUCAAAAUAAGAGUGUAUAAAACUUAAUUUAUUUUUUCUCAACUGCCCCAAAAAUGUAGUAAUUGGUGUCACUUUACAAUACUCAACCGAGUUGGUGUGCUGAUGGCAGAGACAGCAGGUGGUUCUUUUUUAUUAAUAUUAUAAUUAAAUAAUUUUCUGGAGAAAGGCCAAAAACAGAUGUGAGUUGAUCGUGACUUCUCCACUGUUACUUGGUGCAAUCGCUUGUAUUUUCUACAAAGAAUUGACUUUGGCGUCUUGUUUUUACAGGUUGUUAUUGAUGCUUUCAGAUUGAUCAAUGCUAAUAUGAUGGUCUUGGGACAUGAACCAAGACAAACAACUUCAAAUCUGGGUCACUUAAACAAGCCAUCUAUCCAGGUAAAUUCAGUAUUUGGUAUAUAUGUGUCUAUAUAUAUAUAUUUAUAAUACAUAUUAUUAAUAUUUGCAUACACACACACUUUUUUUUUGGUAAAUGUAAUCUUCCUCCAUAACCCUAUCUGAUCACUGAGGUCAUUAGACAAGGCCAACAUGUUUCUUAUAUUUGUCCUAUCAUUACUUGGAGCAGGGUAUUUAACAAUAAAACUCCAUCUUUAUGGAACAUUCUUCCUCCUGAAAUUAGAUAGGUACCAACUGCAGUUUGUUUUUGUUUAUCCAGGCAUUCCUAGGUUGUUAAUAUCAGCUUUGUAGGCCACCAGCCUUUGUGUAAGUUGUUGAACUGUAUUUUAAACAUUUGUUAAUUUUAUAUUUCAUUUUAUAAUACACUGAUUUGAGCAUUUUGAAUAUGAAAUGGCUUAUAAAUACAAUAAAUUACAUUUAUAAAAUACUGACUCUUACUAUAGAGAUGCAAUAUUACAGCCAAAGUUAAGAGAUUUCAUUUUGCAUAAAGAUCUAUAGUGACUCAUUUUUACGGCUGCCAUGCCCCUUGUUUUUCCAGAGAUCACAUGCAGAUUUAUCAGAUUUUUAUAGGUGUGUGUUAGAAUAAAUUAUUUCCACAUCGUUUUGUUUUAAACACUGAUGCUUCUUCUGUUCUCUCUUUCUGUUGGUCCUAGUUUUUCAUAUAAGUGCUGGGUUCAUAAGGGCAGUUCCAUUGAAUCAUCAAAUUAAUUGCUUGGAAUAUCUCUGCUGACUUCAGUAGCUCUGCUAAACAAAUCUGUACUUAUGGGGUUAUAGCUUGCCUCCAUUAGCACUUCAAUCUUAGCUCUUCAGAAAAUAGGCCUUUUUGGAUAUUUCCUCAUAACCUGAGAUUUUAUUUGCAGUGUGAUCCAAAAUACAAGUCGUGGGUUUGCAGGCAUCCUCCCAUGUUCUCUUUAACCACGGGUAGAAGAUAAAGGGGAUAAUUCAUUCUAUCCAAAGUUGUGCAUGUAAAAAGCUUAAUAGUCAAGUUACAUGCAAUUUGUAUGUAUCUUGGGGUUUUUUAAUGAUUUUUUUUUACUGUCUACAGUAAACCACUUAGAGAACUUUUGUAGCCGUAAGGCAUAUAAUUUUUAAAAAUAAAAACAAACGCCCUAUGUUAUUUUAUCUUGUAAGAAUAAUCUGGCAUUUAAGACUACAGUUCUUGGAGUUGGAUAUAAACAGAGCUCCAUACAGGAAGCUUCUUGUUUCUUAAACAAGCGUUCCCUCAUGAAUGAUUAAUGCUUUGUCGCUAUCAUUCUCAUGCUCUAAUGACAAUAAUUUCAAAAAAUAUAUAUAUUAUUUUUUCUUUCAAAAUGAAUUUUAAAAGGCCCAGAUAGUUGCCACAAAGAACCUUAAUUAUUUCUCCAAAGAUUAAUUACAGGAGCACCAAUAGCAACAUAUGCUGUAAACACUGAACUUGAAAACAGCAUAGUACCACUGUUGAGUUGGAAUCAUAGGCUCCAGCAUUUUCUCUCACCCUGGAGACUUCCUACCUAGUCAUAGUCAUAAACUCCUCAGACUUCAAAACGUAUAUUGGUAGCAUUAAUGCAGUAGCUUAACAAAAUAUUGAGCAAACCAAAGAAUGCUUGUUUAAUAAGGUGGAAGUAUAUUACUCAAUUUGAAUCUGUGCAAACUGCAAAUCAUAAUGAGUAUAGAAGAACCCACUAAUGUUUUUGAUUGGGUGUGGGCAAGCCUGUGCUUGUCUGUUUCUAGAGAAUAUAUUACUGGGCUUUUCAAGGCAGCAUGUAAUGACCUCUCCGGCAAACCCCAAAGUGUCAUGCUUCAUUAUUAUUUUGUUUUAGAGAGUUCAGUAAUACCUUGGUCUCAGAUCAGCUGUUAAAAGCAUUGCCAACCUUUGCAGGUUCUUUAUUCCAAGCCCAAACCUAACAAUUUGUAUAUUCCAACAUUCCUUCUAAAUUACCAUCCAUUAAUAUGUGUCAUUCCUUAGAAACAAGAAACAAGAAUUCAAAUAGUUAUGUGUCUGCAUGUGGAAUAACAGCUCUUGUCGUAUAGGAUUUUGUUGUAGCAGCUCCUACUGUCAAAGAGACAAGCUGCUGUUUGGCUUCUAAAAGCGAUUCUAUCUUUUUAGUGAUAGAAACUGUGGCACCAGAACAGGCAGAAAACCCUCUGUCCUUCAAAACACAGCAAAUCUCAGUUGAGGCUGUGGCUCUCCCUUGUGCAGAUCUGAUGUUACUUUGGAUCCUGGCCAGAAACAGUUACAUGCAUUUAUUUAACUUCCGUUUGAGACAAAUACUCAUGUUAAAAGUUUAACUAUUGUCAUGUGAAAAUUGUCUGCUUUGCUUAAGGCCAUUUUAAGAUUGUAUUUUACAUAACUGCACCAAAAUUAAAAUUUUGGGUGACAGAAUAGGAGUUGUAUCCAAUGUUGGUCCUACUCAGGGUUGUCUCAUUGAAAAUAAUGAACAUGUGUACUUUGGGUCUAUUAAUUUCAGUAGGUCUGAUCUGAGUAUAACUUAGACAGAUACAUCCUUACUAAAAGGAUUAAUCAUCUUCUAUACCUAGUUAUAGUCCCCUACUUGUACUCUUUGGAAAUGUGUGUUUCAUUUUGGAUGCGUUUCUAGCAAAAUAUAAAGUACAGCAAAAUAUGUAAUUGAUGGCUAUAUGUUUGGGCAGCUUUGGAUAUGGAAACCUAAACAACUUUCAGGAAAGUUUUUCAAAUUACAGCUCAAGUCCAUGUUUCUAGACUUUAAUCAGAUUCUUGCAUGUAUUUAGUAGAAAUUAUCAGAUAUAUUUUAUUUAUUGCUUUUAAAUGUUCUAGGCGUUAAUUCAUGGAUUAAAUAGACAUUACUACUCCAUUACCAUCAACUACAGGAAGAAUGAACUAGAACAGAAGGUAAGUUUUGUUCCUAGCGUAUUUUCAAUUGUUUGGGGUAUUAUUUAAAAAAUUGCUUGCAAAUGGCUGAAAUUGACUUACAGCAUGCUGCAGUGUUGUGAUAAGAAUUUUAAUUUCUAAUAUCUUUUGUUGUCAUUUAUGUCAUCCUCCCCCCCCCUUUACGUCAUAUGGUGAAUGCAUUACCUUGCCCAAAUGAACCUCAACCUGAACUUCAUUGUGGAAUUCUACAUUUCUUCCAGAAGGCACCUGCAUGCCUAACUAGUGAAUGCUAAAUAAGUUUUUGGUGAAAAUCAGUCUGUCUUAAGUCAAUAAUUUAGGAACAUCUUUGUUUAAAUGAUGAAGGAAAUGUGGCUAUUUUUAAACCCACAUAUUUCUAAAUGCUAUUUUCCAUUUCUUUGGUCCUGCAUGUAGAGAAUGAGGUAUUCCCUAAGGUGUAGAACUUUUAUAGAUUACCACCAGUAUCUUGAAUUGUCUUUGAAAACAAGCAGAUUGUGUAGUUGCUACAGUACAGAAUGAAUAUAUUUAUGCCUUCCACUACCUGAGAGUGGCAUGGUAUAACAUUCUGCAGUGGUGGAAUAUUCCAAAGAAAUUUUCAGGACAGUCAUAUGUAAACUCUAUUCCAAAAUCAGUCCUUACAAAAUCAUGAAUGAUGAUGUCAAGGUCCUUGUUUCAUGAAAACUUAAGUUUUGUAUGAUCCAAUUAGAAUUUUUCCUUAAACUUGCUGAGGUAAUAUUGAGAGGCACACUUAAGUUGUUCAAAGCUGAACAUAAGAAUAACUGCUGGCAAGUUAAUAAUUCCUUGUUGUACAUCAUACUCUUUUGUUGUUGUUGUUUCAUUACAACCAAAAUCUUUUCUGUGCUUCAAAUGAUACAAUAAAAAAGUUGUUCUAGAAUUCUAUAUACUGGUUUCUGUAUACUGCUAGUUUCCUUUCUGCCUUACAAAGUCUACUAAUUUCCCCCAAAUGCAGAAUGUUAUUGUAUGGUAUGACAGCAAUAAUAGAUUCCACUUGGCUUGUUCAUCACUGUCGGUAAAUGUUUUUUAGUAGAAUCUAGUUGGUGCCCUUGCAGUCACAGAAGAGCUUUGAUCCAAUUGAUGCUUUCACAAACAGAAGAGACUGGGAUUUUUGCUGAUUUGCCCUUCCACCAAGUUCUAGAGAGUCCCUCAGCUUUCUGGAGCCAAUUUUCAGUGUAAGGGGAUGCUGAGGACUGCAGGAGGGAAUGGUUUGUUCUGUUAUUAGAAGCAUCUACUGGAUCAAAAGCACCAGGGUGCCAACUAGAUUCUGCCCUUUAAGACAGCCUCUUUCUAUGUCAAGUAACUCCCAUGCUAGUUAUUGGAGGGUAUAGAAAUUAAAUAAAGGCUGUAUUCAAACAUUACAGUUACAUAGUUUUAUUGACAAACAGAAUCUAUCCUUUGUCUUGCUUGGAACCACCUCAUUAAAAGUGUGCAAGAACCAGAUGACAAACUCUUUGCCAAUUCAAAAAAUUUUAAAAAGGAGAAAUGAAAUACUUUUGUGUUAGUGUUGGACCUUCUGUAAUAGACCUGUGCUUUCAAGACAUUAAGAAACCUACAGAUGAAUGGUUCCUUUGGAUCUUAGUUCCUGCAGAAAAACCUUUUUCCCCCCCUCUCUGCUCUACAUUUUGGAGUCUAGGCCUUAGAACUAACCUGAGGAGAUUGUAUUUUUGUUCAUUACACUGCGAGCACUUUUGUAAAGGCGAGAACAGUAAUUGCCAAGUGUGACACAGAAGAGAUUUUAGGAUUCAGGGCUAUUUCCAUUAACAUGUGAAGUCUUCACCUAGUGUGCAGGCAUCCAUUUCAGUCCAGUGUCCUUCUCUGCACAUUCAUGACUUCAUUCUCAUGACUGGGAAUCGGACCUCUGCAAUUCUGACACCAAUUAUGUAUUGGAAGCUGAUAGUCUGGCAGAAUGCCUGAAACCACAUGAUCACAAACCAUUUUUAGCACUCAAUUGGGUCUUUAUAAAUCCCCCUGUGAGGGUGGGUUCAAGUUUUACAAUUAUCUUUUAGAGCAAACAAUUUCUCUCUCAUCAGAUGAUCUCCAAUGGAUACUCAACUCUGGGGUGAGGAGUCAACUUACAAAACAGAAAAAUGAUCUGUGAUAGCCCCAGUUAAUUCAGACUUGGCAGCAGUGUUCUAAGCACUUUCCGUCACCAAAAACUUUCCUGUCUCUUGCCAUGUGUUGCUUCAAAUCCUGAUAGACAUAGAAAAUCUGCUUGAUUCUUCACAGUUCAAAGUUUAUUGCAUAACUGAGGCCACAAUUACUAAUACCCAAACUCCUGCUCUCAUCUAGAGUAAGCACUUCCACAAUCAGUAAUACUUUGUUGACUUUCCUCACCAGAUGUUGCUCAAUUUACAUAAGAAGAGUUGGAUGGAAGGUUUAACCCUUCAAGACUACAGUGAGCACUGCAAACUCAACGAGACAGUAGUGAAGGAAAUGCUGGAAUUAGCAAAGAACUACAACAAGGUACCACAGUAUGCCAUUGCUUGAGCUGGGGUGCCCCAGACUUGGUUUUGCCUUUGGAAUUCCAGAUUCAGAUAUCCAGUCUACAUGUACUGGUGGGAUAGCUGUUCAUCCUUUAAAAAACAAAGAAUAAAAAUCAGGGCACUUAGUAAAAUCAGGCCAAAAACCCCAAACUGAAAUGGCAUUGUUGAACAUUAAAAGUGUCUAAGAAGUGAGCAUGAAAUUGCCAGCCCUGCUGGCAUCUGCUUUCUUUUUUAAAAAGGUAGAAAAGUGCACAACAUAGACAGGCUUAGCCUUUAUAAUAUAUAUAAACAUGUUGCAAACCUAGCGAGAGAGAAGGGCUUAUCCCAUCAGAAGCAAGAUCCAAUGAUACUUGCGUGUUCCUUGCUAGUUGUGCCACUUCCUUCCAUCCUCCGGUUGUCUCCCCCUCUAUCAGAAGUUAGGCCCCUGCCCUGAAGAGUGUUUCCUUUUUCAUGUCAGUCUGUGAAGGGUGGUGUACAUUGUUAGCACCACAGAUAUAAAUGCUACACUUCACAGACCACUUACAGUGGCAAUGAAAGCACUGUUAUACGGGGUGGGGGGUGGAGAUGUGGGCCUUGACUGUUUCCCUAGCACAGCUUCCUUUUUCAUUGGGUAUGUAGUGAUUAAAAUGAUGCUGUCACUUCAGCUUCAGCCUUAUAAAAGAACAUUUAAUUUUGGGGGGCUCCUGAUUUAAUAAGAUCUCAAAUGCUAACCUUUUCUGCAUAUCCUUCACAGGCUGUGGAGGAAGAAGAUAAGAUGACACCUGAACAGCUGGCAAUAAAAAAUGUUGGCAAGCAGGUGAGGUGUAAUGAAUUAUACUGACGUGAAAUAACAUGUUUUGUGUAUUUUUGUUUAGUCACAUGCUGAUGAUUUUUCCUUUCUCCUUAACUCCUUACAAAUGGUGCACUUAUUUCCACUGAAACAAAUUAUUUGAAGUCUUUGACUUGAGAUAGUCUCAACAGUGGGGCAUAAAAUUGUCAUUUGGCAUCUGCCACUGUUUCAUUUGGUAUUUUUCUACCUAAAUAAACCAUCUGGCAUCCUAUCCUUAAAAACAGUGGGUUUUCCCUAGUAUUCCUGCACUUGGGCACCAAAGCCAAGAGAACAAGAAUAUCCAUAUAAAAUUCUGUCAUCAGCACAAAAAUUCAGCCAUUACCAACGCUCAAAGCCCAUGUCCUUUGGAUUUUAGGACGGUAAAUUUGGAUUGUUACUAUGAAACCUAAUCCUUGAACCCCAGAGUACUACUUGACUUGUUCCUUGUGCCAUAGAGAGCUGGGAACGCCUUCUUUUUCAAAUGACAAUCCCCUGUGCCAAAGGCCAUUCCAGGGGGGGAGGUAUUCAUAAUCUGUUUCCAUUUACUUGGAAGUAAAGUUGCCAGGUUGCCUGCCAAAUAACCCCCCAGGGACCUUAAAAUCCAUGAUGAGGGAGUGAGUUAUCCUGCAGGCCUUCUUCCAUUGUACACCCCACCCAGCUGCAUCAUGUGGCAAGCUAAAGGUAUAAUAACAUGGUAACUAAUAUGGGGAUGAUUUAAUAUUGUCCUACCUUACAAGGUAGUGGAUGUAAGGGCAGCACUAUUUGAAUAUUACCAGGUGCUAUGCAAAUACCCAAUAUUGAGUCUCAUGGCAAGGACUUGGACAUGAGUUUCAGUGAACAGGGUGCAUAUCCAGGCAUUUCUAGAAAUGGCUGUGUAGGAAAGUCAGGCAGGGCUUUUUUUCAGCUGGAAGUCACUGGAACUGAGUUCCAGCACCUCUUUGUUGCAUUUCAGCACCUCAUUGGUGCAUUCCAGCAGCUGUGUAGUUUUGCAGUGCCAUCCCCCUGCAUGGUGCUCCGGGCUGCAGGCAGCAGGGUGAUUUUGGCGGUGAAGGUUUUUAUGUUAUCCCUGUGGCAUUGGGUCAAGCGGGCAAACAAGGGGGGGGGGACACACUCAACAACUCACCCCGCUUAAAAAGGGGGAGUUCCAGCACCUCUUUCUAGAAAAAAAUCUUCAUCAAUCCGAAAGGGCAUUUUUGUUGAAGGGAGGAAACAAACUAUUCUGAUACUCCAGAAUGUGGGGGGUUGAAGCUUUUUACAAACCAACCAACAAACCCCUUUUGUUUGAAGAAAGAGACAGUACUGAGGUUUACUAUGGGUUGUACCCAGCACCGAUCAAGCAGAUUUCUGCUCAGAAUGUCCCUUUCUUUUCCUCCACCCUGUACCCCCCCAACAAACCUGAUUUGGAGGGUCAAACCCUCUGGAGCAGAUUUUGAAAAGACUACUAAGGGUGGAGCUACAGGCAGAGGAAAGGAAAGUUCUGCUGCACAUGCAGAAAUCUGUGGAAAUGGAACUGCAGCAUUGCAUGCAGCUAUUUACUUAUAAAUGGUUAUAGCCAUGGAACAGAAUAUGUUCCCUUAUCAUGUCAUUUAAAAAUUGUGCUGCCUGAGCAAGUACAUCUACAUCUAUAGCAGGUAUGCAGGGUAGAAAUGAAGUUUAGGAAGGAUGAGCUAGUUAUCUCAGCUACAGAUCUUUUACUAUCUGUCAUCUUGCUUGGAUCCAGUUGCCUUGAAUUGUGGUUACCUGAAGAAUUGCCUUCUCCCAUCCACACUUGCAUUGAUCUUGUUUGGAGGCCUUCAGAUUCCCUCUUCUAAUGUAGAGAGGCAGGCUAAAGAAGGUCUUUUUGCAGUGGUGAUGCAGUGGAAGACUUGACAGGUGCCCAUCCUGAGGUCUUUAUAGCCUUGGGAGAAGGGGGCCUCUUAAUUACAAUCUAAUAGGUGCUUCAGAUAUUAAAUGCAGUUUCCUCUUGCUGGGUUUUAAAUCCUGUUUUAAAUUGUUUUGGCUGCUUUUUAUGCCAAUUUCAAGUUGGGGGGGUGGGGUUGCUAGGCUUUUUGCCUUUGUGAUUUAUUGUGUUUGGAUUUAGUGGUUUUAAUUGCAAAUUGUAAUUUGUGUUGUUGUUUUUAAAUUAAACUACUCAGGGGACUUAGUUGGAUGGGCAGUAUACAAAUGUAAUAAACCUAAGUUGCAGCUUUGGACAACAGGAGAGGCUGAGAAGACAAAGUCUUGUUCUGGCUGUGUCAUUGGGUUUGCUUAUUAACCAGGUUCAUCUUGGAAAGCAUAACUAAUCUUGGCAAAAGAUAAUCCUCCUUUGUCCAACUGUGCAGUUUCUUAACGGAGGCACAUGAAACAGUCAAAGAGUGGACAAAAAUAAUGUUUAAUUCAGUAGCAAACUAUGGAUACGCUACUUGUUUGCAAAUCAAAAUUUUCUAAAAAGAGCAUUUUAGCAUCAGGGUUUUCCCCCCCACUUCACUAUCCCUCACCCCCAAUCUGUAUUUUAUGAUUUGUUUUCAUUUAUUUAAUUGGAAAGCACUUUUGAUUUGAGUGAGGAUAUCUUAAAAUAACAUGGGAUGGAGUCCCAGUUCCAUUGGAAGCAAAUGGCAAAGCUCCCAUUGAUGUCAAUGGAGCCCAGAAUUCAUUAAUGAACUUGAUAAAUGAAUAAGAACAAGACAGUGUUAUGAUGGAUUGUUGAAAUUCACUAUUAAUUUUCAACGCAAUGCAUACCCAGAUAUUUAGAUAAGUAUCUUUUUCAACAGGGUGACAUGAUUAUGGUUUAAUAACAACAUUGCAUUUUGCAGUGUGGUACUGUACAUGCCUACUCAUUGAGUUCAGUGGGGCUUACUCCUAGGUAAAGGGCUAUGCGAUUGUGACUGAUCUGAUGCAGCCUGCUAGUGUUGCAGUUGGAUUAAGGGUCAGACUACUUUUGACACGGCUCAUCAGUUCUUUCCCCCAACAAAUUGCGCUUUCAGUCUCAGUAGCUACAAGAAGAUGGGGUGGAGCGUAUGUGGGGCGCCUUUAUUCUCUCGCUGCAGAUGAGAAAGCACCUUGUUAGUGUGGCUUUCAACAGACAAAUUGUAGGAAUUGUGUUGAGCAACCCAUUAUCCUCUAACCACUCUUCCCGCUCUUAAUUGCAGCCUCUGAGGCUGUUUUGCACUUUAAAAAACAAAAAAAACCUUGCUUAUUUGGCUAUGGCUAUUUUCAUGCUGAUCUGUUGCAACUAUUAUUACUAUGAUUUAUUUAUUAAAAUUGUAUACUGCCCUAUAUCCGCAGGUCAACGAGCACAGUCAACAUGGGGGAGCAUAGUCUUGAAUAGCAAAUGUUGUCCUAGUAGGUCCCUAUAUAGUAACUCCCUGCCACUACCUCUUAUUUAACUGCCCUAAAGCAACCGCAAGGGGGAACUGCUGUGUUGGAACAGGUUUUGAAUGGGGUGCCCUUUAAUAUGAAAAAGCACCACCAUACAAGGCCACAGUCCUGUGUUUAUGGGCAGUGUGGGUCUGAUUCAAAACAGUUGCAGACAAUUAAUGUUCACGCUGCUGAAGAUCUCCCCUGGCACUUCAUGGUGGUAGGCAGGUCUGAAAUUUAAUAAGUGAAGAAGAAGAUGAUGAUGAUGAUGAUAAUCCCCAGUCAAGAAUCCUCUGCACAUUCCAGUGUUGUCACAGAGCUUUCUGUGCAAUGUAGUCCCCCCCCCCCCAAUCACCUGGAUUGCACACAAGGAGCUGCCCAAGCCAGUACAAGGAGUGGGAAAGCUAUUGCACGUGUGGAGGGCUUCAUUUAUCCAUCAUUGUCCUCCACUCCUAUAGCCACAAGAAUUGCCCAUCAAUGUCAGGAUAUUAAGGGGGAAAGAAGUAUGUCUCUUAUUGUUAGGUCCUCAUUUGUUCAAAAUGCCACUUUCAGGACAAUAACAUGCUUAGUUUGUAUGAACACUGUGCAGCCUCAAUCUAACGCUUAAGGUUUUUUAAUUACAAACUACUUCAAAUAGCUUGCAUAAGAGAACCCUGAGUUUUAAUUGCUUAUUGAUGCCAUCAGUUCUGCCGUGGAAUAGAAACACAGAACAAAUAAUUGCAAACGUGAUGUUCCGAUAAGGUCUACGAAUAAUAUUUUCUACUUGUAUUUUAGGACCCCAAACGUCACUUAGAAGAACAUGUGGAUGUGCUGAUGACUUGCAACAUUGUCCAGUGUUUAGCAGCUAUGUUGGAUACUGUUGUAUUUAAAUAAUGACUUGCUUGUAAAUGCUGUUCCCAGUCUCUGAUCAUCCAUUGUUUCAAGCACUGAGACUAAGAUAUGUUUGGAUGUCAAAGACAUCAUUUGCAGUCUAAGAGCAUCUCUCUAACACCUUUUCAUCUCAGUUUAUGCAAUUACUUUGGAUAUGUUUUAUGUCAGGGUCUUUGCAAAUUCCAGAGCAAUUCUGGAACUGAGUUAAAAAUGUGGUUGGGGUUUGGUGUGGUUUUUCAUUUAAUAUUUGGAAGAAAAUCAGCAGUAUAUAUAUUUUGAUUAUUGCCAUAUAGGUGUUUUUUUUAAUAACCGUAGUGUUCUGCUUGUGUUGUUCAUAAAUUGGGGAGGGUAUAUUGUUGACAAUAUUGUACAAAGUUCAACAAGCAAAGAAAUAUAUUUCAGUAAGCUGAUGGGACAUGGAGACCUGUGGCAUGUGGUCAUUUGUUGUUGCGGCACAUAUCUCUUCUAUGCAUAGGCAGCACUAAUGUGGUCUUAUUGCUUUCGGUGUGAGGGAGGACUGAACCGCAGAAACUUUACAAGAGCUUGUCAGUCUUGAAAUAUAUACCCAAAGUAAUACUAGGGCACUUCUAAGCUCUUAUCAGCACUGAGUUUGCUUCUGUCCUUUCCCACUCCCGUCUGAAAUUAUAACUUUUCAGGUCAGAGGAGUGUGGCUUCCAAGCAGACAUGAGCCUGUGUAUGUGGCCUUUGACCACCGGGCAGGGCAGUUCACCUUAUUAGAGAAUGACUUCUUAAAUUUGUGCAAAAGGUGGAAACAAGAUACAAUGGUAUUGAAGAGAAUUUGGAUUGCCUAGCUUGACGAAUGGCCCCUGCAAUGUGCUUAUUAAAAACCUUGAAAUUGGAGGCAGGUUUUUUUGAGAAUGUAUACGGUGGCCCAGUUAAUUUGAGCUAUCAUUUUGAGCAAAGAGGAGAGGGGCAAUUUCACAGCAGCUAACCCGGACACCUUUAUGGGAUGUGUGCUGGAAAGGGGCAGUGGGAAAGCAAGAUUUUGAAAGAAGCAUGCUAAACCCAUCAAAUGCUGCACAAAACAACUAAUCUUCUAAAACCCUUGUGAGCUAUUCAUGAAACUGGCUCAAGCUUCCUGGCAUAGCUGCUGUAAGCGAUGGUGAGCGUCUAUUUCACUACAGCUCUGUAAAGUACAGAAUUCAGUAUCUCAAAAACUUUCAUUUUCAGUCGCUUUCCCCCCUCCCAACUUUUUGUUCUUGCUCUUGGGACUGCAAAGAGCCUUGAAAGUGUAUGUGAAUUCAGAAAAAAGGGUAGUGUACGCAAUGCCAGAGUAACAAACCUAUUAAAAACAAACUUGCCAUAAAAUACAAUGAUUCUUUGUCAACAAAUUCUGCGAAACACCAAAUCAAAAACAUGCCUUCACAAAUUCUUUUUGGGUUAAAUCUUUUACUGUUAUUAUUUGUAAAAAAGAAACUGAAAAAUACACAUUUAAUCAAACAAGGAUUUGCACGUUAAAAACCAUAAGAAAAGAUGGAACCAUCAAGACUCGUUCAAGAGAGAUUUUUAACCUCUGAAAAUAGUUUUGUAAACAAUCUCUUGCUGAUAGAUUCGAAGGUGAAUAAAGGAAGAGAAAUUUACCAAUAAAACAACCCCGAUUUGUCUGUUUUCUUUCACUCUUAGAUAAUUUUUAACUUCAGCCACUACAGGAGAAGUCCACAUCUUUGCUGCCCACUUUUUAAAAAUGUGCUUGCUUCCAGUAUCCGGUGCAUAAAGUUCUGGUAACUACUGUCAUUCAUGCUGUCUUUGUAUUCGCUCUUGAAUAUGCAUUGGCAAAAGACAGCUAACAUAUAAAGUGUAAUAGAAUAACAGUAACUUCCCUGUCCCCUAGAAUUGUUAGCUUUCUGUUUGAAUUAAAAAAUUCUUUUAUUUUGUAGUCAGAAUGCAAGCCGUUGGAGCACUACAGUUUUUACACCUCACCUAAAGUAGUAGAAUCAGAAUAAAUGAAUGUGAAACAAGCAAUAUUGAUGCAGAUUGCAAAACUUUUGCUAUCUAGGCAUAAGAUGUGGGGUUUUUUUGUUUUUUGUUUUAAAAGCAAUACACACAGCCUUGAAGAUGUAAAGGAUUUUUAAUUAAAUUGAAGACUGCAGCUGAAGAGGGCUGUUUUAAUUGAUUGGGAGAUAAAAAAUAUAUACUGUACAAGCAUUAAAAGGAACAGCUGAGGGAGUUGGGUAUGUUUGGCCAGGAAAAGAGGAGAUUGAGAGGAGAUACAGCAGUCAUCUUCAAAUAUCAUCUAAAGGGCUAUCACAUGGAAGAUGCAGCAAGCUUGUUCUCUCCUGCUCUGAAGGGUAGGACCCAAACCAAUGGAUUCAAGUUGCAAGAAAGGAGACUAAACAUCAGAAGAACUUUCUGACAGUAAGAGCUGUUUGACAGCGGAACAGACUCCCUUGGCAGGUUGUGGACUCUCCGUCCUUGGAGGUUUUUAAGCAGAGGUUGGAUGACCAUCUGUCAUUGAUGCUUUGGUCAGGAUUCCUGCAUUGCAGGGAUUGGACUAGAUCACCCUAGGGGUCUCUUCCAGCGCUACAGUUCUAGGAUUCUAAUAUUUGGGAGAUGAAUGCACCUGAUGCAUGGCUUCAACAUCCCUCUCCCAAAUCACUGUGAUUUACCUUGGAAAAUAAUUCACUGUGAAGCUAAAAUUGUCCAUCAAAACAAAAGAAGUACCACUUCCCUCUUCAGCUCUGGCCGUUUUCUCCCAUCAGCUUAGUUUCAUUUCUCAGAAAAGGUAGGGGGAAAGCUUGCGCAUUUAACUUGAAGGUGGGGAACCUCAGGUGCGGGAGGCAAAUGCAGUCCUCCAGCUCUCUUCAUCUGAUGUUGGGACAUUCCCAGGCUGCAGUCUUCAGUGCUGCCCUGUGGCUUCCUCAAGUGCCUGGCUGGAAUGUUCCCUGGAACUGUCACAAUGCCUUUGCUUGCCAGAAUGGAGAGCCCCAUCUACCACUGGCAUAUGCAGGGAUGCCAACAGGAUUUCCUGCACCCAGUUAUUGUUCCCCCUGCUAGUCUGCUAUACCUUACAAGUUGGGUAGAACUGCUUUUUAAGUACACAUGUUUACUCGGUCUAGCUCACCACACGAGGUUGCCGCUAAAAUGUUAUUCACAGAUCACACAAAAAUAAGCAUGCCUAAGGUCAGAAGAAGAGCCUCCUUGCUUUAACUGCAAAAUUUCCAGAGUCCUGAUAUUUACAGCAAAAUACAAAAACAAAAUCAAAGUUUGCCAACCCUGAUGAAGAACAACGAGCAAGAAUAAGAAUCUAUAAGUAUGCAGAGUCUUACAAGUUUUAAGUGUCUGAACUACCAACUCUCGGCCUAGCCUAUCCCACUGGACUGUUGUGAAGAUAAAAAUAGGGAGUGGGAGAAGAAAACAGCGUACACAGCCCUGAGCUCCUGGAAGGAAAAGCAAGGUACAUAUAUGCAAUGGCAAGCAACUAAUACUGUAAGCAUGUGACAUUUCACAACUCAGCUUGGAAAACUUCCUAAACUUGAUAGUUCCCCCACCCCUUCUAAAGUAUAGCCUGUUAGAAUUUAGAUUGUGGCUGCUGCAAGGUAUUUGAUGAUCUUAGGUUCUAUUUUCUGGUUAAGUUUGUAUUUUCUAUUAUAAUUACUAUAUAUUAAUAAACAGCAAUGAUGACAUGCAGACCAGUGAUGACACGGGUGGGGGGGUAGAGCGAGACAUGGAAUAUUGGAGGAGAGGGGUCAAUUUCAAGGAAGUAGCUUCCAAAUCAUGCCAAAAACAGCCAAUUGUGUUUUAUAGCAUAAAGACAGCUCACAGGGAGUGAAUGAAAUAAUGUGGACACAUAAUGUGGAAAUAAUGUGUACUGGAAAGUGCUUAUCCCAGUACACAUACAGUCUUCCAUCUGGCUAGCAGCAACAAUAAUGAACUGCUCCUGUUUCUUCUUCUGUUCUUGGAGGCCUCCCUCCCUACUCCCAGGUGAGGGUGGUGAGCAGUCCUUCCUCUGUUUGCUUAGCAACAGCAAUUAAGUUGUGUAAGCAAGCUUAGCAACAGCAGCUUCUUUGUAUCUGGCUGAUGGAACCUUUGAAAUUUGCCUCCACUCUUUGCUUUCUAACUUUCUUCAUAGCUAUCUGUUUGACUGCUCUUUUUUCUAAAUGAAAGUGAAGUGGUUCCCCCACUCCCAAUAGCUUGCAUCCUUGUGCAUGUGUGCCCCCUGUAUGCCCGUGUGAGCAGCCCUGAAUAUACAGUCCCAGGUUUCUUAUCAGGGAAUGUGGCCCCCUGUCUAAAAAGAAAAGUCCCCCACCCCUGUUUAAAUGUUUGGAAAGACCAAGGCCUCAGAACAACUUGGAAGCUUAAGAGUGUCCCUGAUCAUCUUUGAGACACUGAUGCAUAAAUGUGAGAUCAUGACCC